AUGGAGCAGUAAGUGAAAGGCUGCUGCGGAAACUGGAGUCAGGUACAGUCAGCGGGAGGGGCUCUUUCCGGUUAAAGGAGCAGUUAUCGCUCCUUUGUUACAGUUUAUUUAAAGCGUUAUCCAUCAUCAGGUCUAAUCUGUUUUUUAAUCAGAGAGAAGCUGUCUUGAAGUCUAGGAUUUAAUAUGACCGGAAGAGGCGGUCUUUAUCCAUAAGAAGAGACGUGUCUCGUGCUGAAACCAGACGUUACAUACAGUGACGCUUCAAAGCCUGACGCCUGGUUCACACAGGAAGCGCCGCGCACCGAGUUUCGGAUCGGCGCCCGUGUUAUCCUAUGUGACUGUUCACACAGCGCGCGCGGAACGGCUCGCGCUCUGGAGCUCAACUCAGUGGUUUGUCUGCAAGGACAAAUAAGCACAUUGGAGGGAAUACCAGUCUAGAGUUUUUAUUCAGUCUGCAUUCAGCUGGUUUUUCUGGAGAGGGUAAGAAAGGAGUAACACAAGUGAAUUAAAUUAAAUACAAUAUAAUUUCCAUUUAUAAUAUCAGAGCAAAUUAACUAGUUAUUAUACUGUAUAAUGAGUUCAGCAUCUAAAUAUGCAAGAAUUUAAUUGCCAAGUGGUCAAAAUUAUGUCACAGGAUAGAAAAGUCAACUGUAUGCAUUCACAUGAAUACCUGGUGUGGUGUUUUGAAUCUCUGCUCCUGUCCCAGAUUUUCUCAUCAGUCCCGCCCUCUUCCAGGAAACGACUCACCUGUGCGCCUGCUAAGUGAGAUUCUUCCCAGCUGUGCAACUGUAAGUUACACUUAUCUGACUCAGCAUGCUUGUUUCCCAGUUUUUGUGUUCGUUCUCUGAUGUUUGCAGGUGUUUUAGAGUCUUAAAGAGAGUUUUCAACUUUUAAAGCCUUGUUUUUAAUCCAAUUUGAAAUAUUAUACUCUCCUUUUGUCUGAGCAGAUGUUCAGGUUGGCAGCUUAUUAUUGUGCACCAUGAAUGAGUUUAGAGAUAAGGACAAUGUCAUGAUGCUGGAGGAGCAGCUAUGGUGUGAUUGUUUGAGCCUUUUGAGACUUUGAGCACAGGCACAUUUCAUACAGUAAAAACAGGUAAACCAUCCAAUCAGACAGGAUUACAACUAGGGCCUGACCAAUUUAGCGGUGAGCCGAUUUAAUCGGCCAAUUUAUAGCCUGUUUGAGACUAAUCGGUAAUCGGCCAAAACUCGCCAAUUUUCACCGAUAUUUUUAGAGAUAAAAUGUGGAGAAUAAGAUUCUGUUUCACUUCGAAAAUAUUCAGCCAUAAUAGAGAGAGAGAAAAAAGGGAAUAUAUACACAUAUAAACAUACACAAACACACACACAUACUUUCCCCCCAAUAUUAUGUGUAUGUGUGUGUGUAUGUAUGUAUGUAUGUAUGUAUGUAUAUAUAUAUAUAUAUAUAUAUAUAUAUAUAUAUAUAUAUAUAUAUAUAUAUAGUUAUCAUUAUAUAUGUACACUCACCGGCCACUUUAUUAGGUACACCUGUCCAACUGCUCGUUAACACUAAAUUUCUAAUCAGCCAAUCACAUGGCGGCAACUUAGUGCAUUUAGGCAUGUAGACAUGGUCAAGACAAUCUCCUGCAGUUCAAACCGAGCAUCAGUAUGGGGAAGAAAGGUGAUUUGAGUGACUUUGAACGUGGCAUGGUUGUUGGUGCCAGAAGGGCUGGUCUGAGUAUUUCAGAAACGGCUGAUCUACUGGGAUUUUCACGCACAACCAUCUCUAGGGUUUACAGAGAAUGGACCGAAAAAGAAAAAAUAUCCAGUGAGCAGCAGUUCUGUGGGCGGAAAUGCCUUGUUGAUGCCAGAGGUCAGAGGAGAAUGGCCAGACUGGUUCGAGCUGAUAGAAAGGCAACAGUGACUCAAAUAACCACCCGUUACAACCAAGGUAGGCAGAAGAGCAUCUCUGAACGCACAGUACGUCGAACUUUGAGGCAGAUGGGCUACAGCAGCAGAAGACCACGCCGGGUGCCAAUCCUUUCAGCUAAGAACAGGAAACUGUGGCUACAAUUUGCACAAGCUCAUCGAAAUUGGACAAUAGAUGAUUGGAAAAACGUUGCCUGGUCUGAUGAGUCUCGAUUUCUGCUGCGACAUUCGGAUGGUAGGGUCAGAAUUUGGCGUCAACAACAUGAAAGCAUGGAUCUAUCCUGCCUUGUAUCAACGGUUCAGGCUGGUGGUGGUGGUGUCAUGGUGUGGGGAAUAUUUUCUUGGCACUCUUUGGGCCCCUUGGUACCAAUUGAGCAUCGUUGCAACGCCACAGCCUACCUGAGUAUUGUUGCUGACCAUGUCCAUCCCUUUAUGACCACAAUGUACCCAACUUCUGAUGGCUACUUUCAGCAGGAUAAUGCGUCAUGUCAUAAAGCUGGAAUCAUCUCAGACUGGUUUCUUGAACAUUACAAUGAGUUCACUGUACUCAAAUGGCCUCCACAGUCACCAGAUCUCAAUCCAAUAGAGCAUCUUUGGGAUGUGGUGGAACGGGAGAUUCGCAUCAUGGAUGUGCAGCCGACAAAUCUGCGGCAACUGUGUGAUGCCAUCAUGUCAAUAUGGACCAAGCUCUCUGAGGAAUGCUUCCAGCACCUUGUUGAAUCUAUGCCACGAAGAAUUGAGGCAGUUCUGAAGGCAAAAGGGGGUCCAACCCGUUACUAGCAUGGUGUACCUAAUAAAGUGGCCGGUGAGUGUAUAUUUCAAUGUAAUCUAAUUAAGAAUUUUUUUAAAUUUUUUAAUCUUCUAUAUAUAUAUUCUCUCCCCCUCCCCUCCCUCACAAAAGUAUUUUUUGUUGUUGUUGUUGUUGUCACUCUGUUUUGUUGUUAAAUUAAAAAAAAAAAAAAAAGGUUCUGCCUGUUUGAUCAGUCGGUCUUCUUGUCAGCGUGAAGAGCAGUAGCCUACAGUAUAUAUACAGUAGGUUGUAUACUGUAUCUGCAGUAUAUAUAUAUAUAUAUAUAUAUAUACAUACAUUUAUAACUUUAUAAAAAAAUUGACAAUAUCGGCCAAUUAAUCUGUAAUCAGAUUUUAUUUCACCCCCUAAUAAUCGGUAUCGGCAAUAGCCUCAAGAAAUCCAUAUGGUCGGCCCUAAUUACAACAACUCUGCAUCUGCUAUAAAACACUGGAUUUAUUCAUCACUAAAAGUAAAAUAUCCACAUUACUGUUAAUAAAUGCAUCAAAGCUGUGUAAAUAGUGGUAACAGUUGAAUUUGAUGGUUUUUACAUUAUUCAAAGUUGACAUUCCACUAAAAAUAAAGACAGCAUACCAAAUCUUAAAACUGAUAAAUGAUAAUGAUAAUGAACUGAUAAUUUUUUAUUCAUUGGCUUUUAACCCUGCAUGAGACUGGGCUCCUGUUUUAGUGUUUUAUGGUUUGUUUUUAGUAAUUUGUUUCUAUGUUUUUAAAUUAGUUUUUAAAAAUAUUGAAACUAUAUUUUACUUUUUAAUUCUGCUUUUAUUUUAUCCAUGGUUUUAAUUGUUUUUUGAUUGUUUUUUAUGUCGUUUUGUCUAGUUAUGUACAGCACUUUGUUCAGCUGUGGUUGUUUUAAAGUGCUUAACAAAUAAAGUUGAGUUGAGUUGAAAUGUUAUUAUUUGAUGAAAAAUCUCUGCUCAUUGUAAAUUUGAUGUCAGCAAUAUGUUUGUAAAAACUGGUUACAGGAUCAUAUUUCUUGUCGUGUGUCCUCGGCCCUUCUAUUCCCAACUCCCUGUAAACAUUAGUGAACCCAGCAGACCAGUUCCUGGAGUUUGGAAAGUCCCAUUCUUGCUUGAUAGAGGAAUUUGAGUGUUCAACAGUUCAGGUACAUGCUGCUCCAAACAUUUUUAAUGAGGGACAAGUCAGGACUGCUGUCAGGCCAGUUUCUCAGCAGGACUCUUCCCAUGCUGUUGUAAUCCCUGCAGAAUGUGGUUUGUCUUUGCAUCAUUCUUUCUGAGAGACUCCGCCUCUCUGAAUGUCCUUUUUGUACUCUGUCAUGUUACUAACCCUCUUUGGUUGUUCCAUUAACAACUUUUUACAAACAUUUUGCUGACAUUAGAUUUAUAGUAAGCAUAUAUUUCUCAAUAAACAAUAACAUUUUUCAGUUUUACCAUUUAACAAUGGUGAAAGUCAGGAUUACUGCGAUUAGAAAGCAGGUGAUCAAACUGUGUGGGGUGUAUACUGGGUCUCUCAUGUUGUAUCCUUCCUUAGAGAUAACGUAGAGCUUCCUGUUCUGAAUAAACAUGUGGUUUCUGUAGUUUUCAGGCACCAUGAUGGAUCAGUGUGAGGACAGAGAGGAGGAGCUCUCUCCCUCCAAAUCUGCUCUGUGUGAGGAUCAUGACGCUCAGAGGUGAGUUCAGAUUUCUACCUGUCCACCAGUCUAACCACUUCAUCAUUGAUCAAACUCAGACCUCAGUGUGUUUUCUGUUAAAGCCCAGAGCUGCAGCCUGGACAAGACUCUGUGGGAUCAGAAUCUGGACCUGAACCCAGCUUUCUGUCCUUCAGGAGCAAUAAGUCAAAGCAGCACUUUACCGACUUUAAACAAUGGUAAGUUAGCAUUGGUGUUAAGAUUUUGGUUUAUAUUUCUACCUAAAAUGUUCUAAUCUAACGAAUUUUAUCCCUGCUGGUCUUUCUCUUGUCGAACAGGAAUAAUGGGGGACCAGACUCUGCUGAACCUGAACUCAGCCCUCUGUCCUGGAAGAGCAAUAAUUCAAUGCAGCACUUCACCGACUUAAAACAGCAACAUUUACCCCAAAAAAUCGAAAGGUAAGGGAGUCUUGACAGUUUGACUAUUAUUUCUACCAAAUACAGUCAUGUUUCUCAGAGAACCUCAUCCCUGAUGGUCUCUCUCUCUCUCCAUCAGGAUUAACGGGAGACCUGAACCCAGUUGCUUGUCCUUCAGGAGCAACAAGUCAAAGCAGCACUUCACUGACUUCAACCAGGGUCUAUCAAACACAAAUCAUAGUCAUAGUGAAAAGCAGUAAGUGGUUCUUUGAAAUAAUUAUCAACAUAAUGAUAGUCGGGUCACGAAGUGAGAUUCUGUGACCAUCCUCUGGCAAGGAUGUUUUGACGAUUGAUUUGACCUCUAUGGACCCUUUAGAAAAGAUUUAGCCCCCAGGUCCCUUGCAAAAAUCCCGGCAUUUUUUGCUAUAGACAGCUAAAUUCAAGAUGGCGGCCGGUGCCAUCUCUAAAAAUUAACUUUUGAUCUGGAUGACCUAGAAUCAUGUAUGAAGGCACUUUUCCAUACAAGUCAAGCAUGAGGAUUCCAAAUCUGACAUAGUUUUAAUCAUACAACUUUGUUUUGAAUGCGAUAUUCAAGAUGGCUGCCAUCUAGUACUGUAAUUCUCAACCUUUUCAGGACUUGACCCACCAAAACAAUCAUAUUUGAACUGGGUAACCCCCAAUUUGUUUGACUCUGUUCCACAUAUAGAUCUUGUGAAAAUAGCCGAUCUACAAGCCCGUAACACCUUGUAUUGUGAGGCGUGUGAGCUUGUAGAUCGUCUAUUUUUACAGUUUUUGCCUUUUUCUAUAUCAUUUGACAAUUUGGCCGAUGGUUUAGCAUUGUUUGCUGAUUACUUUGGAUGCAGUGAUGAUCUUUUUCUUUGAGGAUCUUACAAGUCCUAACAUUAUCAUUUCACUGUCAUCUGGGGGUACGCCACCAACCAAUGAUCAAGUACAGAGAGAAAACUUAACAACAACAUAAAGGCCAGUGAAUAUUGCAUUCAAACUAUCCAGUAUGCUUGAUUCAUGUCAGCAGCAGUACUUAACUCAGGCAAUUUGAUUGGCUGUCCCUUCAUGUCAGGGAUCAUCUUUGGGUCGACUUAAUGGUAUAUGUGGCUUCAUUACACAGACUACCACACUGGAGAAUACAUGACUGUCUGUCUGUCCUGGUUGGUAUAUUAUUUUCUUCCAUAUUCAAGCAGCCAUGUAUGCUGCAUGCACACUGUCUUUACAGAUCAAAUGUGUAGCUCCUCUAACUGUGGGCUCAAAAGAAUGACUGAGGCAACAUUUAGGAAAGCAGCAGCACUAAACAAGCAGCAUGUGCUAACAUGCCCUGACAAAGAAAAAGAUCAUCACUGCAUCCAAAGUAAUCAACAAACAAUGCUAAACCAUUGGCCAAAUUGUCAAAUAAUAUAAGGAAAAGGCAAAAAUUGUGAAAAUAGACGAUCUACAAGCUCACACGCCUCACAAUACAAGGGGCUCUAUUUUCGUGUACGCCGGUGAGGCGGCGGAGGGCGGCGAGCCCCGCGCAGUUGUAUUUUCUUCUGGCGGAGCCCGGCGUACAGCCAGUUUGGUAUUUUCAUGGACUGAGGCGCACGGAGGCGAACCGAGAUCCGCCAAGCUGGGCGUGGUGGCGUGGCAGGGGGAGGUGUCGACAGAAUCAGCGGGCGCAGUGACAUUUUUGUGCUCGUCAGUGGCGUGUAAAGUGCGCUGAAAGCUCGCCGAUUCAAACCUGGUCAGCUUUCAGCGCAUGGCGGAGCGCAGCUAGUCUACUAGUAUUUUGGUAGACUGGCGGCGUAUCGGCAUACGUCACCGAUGCCUCACCGGCAGGUUUCCACAGUGUCAGGCACGUUUCAGUGCAAUGAAUAAUCAUCAACAACUAAUAAUCUGAGUCAGCACAUACAUUUAGAUCUAUAUAGAUAUAUUCUGAUCUAUAUCUGAUCUGAUGAGCGCGUUUGGACACACAACCUGACCGAAUCAACACAGCUGAAACCACAUUAAAUUGAAUAUCUAGUAAAUAAACACACAAGAUGAAGUUAACAAGAAAUUUAAUUUGUCUCCCUCCUUUUCUUUCUUCCUCUUCCUCUUAUUUCUCGCGCAGCUCGACCUGGAUAUUUCUGUGUCCUCUCUCCAUCCUGCUACAGCUGCUGCUGCAGCGGCUGAACAGAUGAAUUGUUUCAGUGAUCAGAUGAGUUAUUUACUUAAAGCCUACAUAUGAAUAUUAUAAUAUUCAGUUUUGUGAGCCAAAUUUAUUUUACAUGCCAACAUCUAUGAAAGAAAGAGCCAGGCCACGGAGCGCGAUGCGUCAUUUACGCACAGAUGGUUCCGAUUUUAAUGCCAUUUUUGGAGUUUAUGUUGUGAUCUGUACCCACCUUUGUCACGUGAGGUUUGAAUAUGUGCAACUCUAUGUGAGUGUCUUUAUUUGUGGAAAAGGGUGUUUGUCUUACUAGUGGGUCCAACAUUACACACACCAAAUCCAUCUGUGCUUAUAUGAGAGAGUGUGGAGGACACUUGUUUAGGAGCUGCCUUCUGUUGCCAUCGUGUGGCAUUACUGUCUUCAGACAUCUCUUGAUCUCUUUGACUACUUCAUAAAAAUAGUAAUACGCCUCGCCUGUGGCGGAUUUAAAGGCGAGGAGAGGAGCUGAUGUGAUUGGUCAAUAUAGGUCUCAGCUGUGUUAAACCCACUCCACGCCCUUUCUCCUCCCUCGCUACGACUUACGCCGCUGGUAGGAGCUGAGUUAGGGAGGGGGGAUACUUACGCUGGGCUGCGUCGCUCACCAAAAUACCAAAUUGUGCUUAGGAACGCCUUGUCGGCGCGGCGGACCUGACUUACGCCACGCCUGCGGCACGUCUCCGGCAAGGCAUGAAAAUAGAGCCCCAUGUGUUACGGGCUUGUAGAUCGGCUAUUUUCACAAUAUCUAUAUGUGGAACAGAGUCAACAAAUCAGUUGACAAUCAAAUUAUCCAGUUCAAAUAUGAUUGUUUUGGGGGAUCAAGUCCUGAAAAGGUUGAGAAUCACAGUACUAGAUGGCAGCCAUCUUGAAUAUCGCAGUCAAAACAAAGUUGUAUGAUUAAAACUGUGUCAGAUUUGGAAUCCUCAUGCUUGACUUGUAUGGAAAAGUGUCUUCAUACAUGAUUCUAGGUCAUCCAGAUCAAAAGAUAAUUUUUAGAGAUGGCGCUGGCUGCCAUCUUGAAUUUAGCUGUCUAGCAAAAAAUGCCGAGAUUUUUGCGAGGGACCUGGGGGCUAAAUCUUUUCUAAAGGGUCCAUAGAGGUCAAAUCAAUCGUCAAAACAUCCUUGCCAAAGGAUGGUCACAGAAUCUCACUUUGUGACCCAACUAUGACCUCUAGCUAGUCAGAUCUUAGCCUAUAGAAUCAACCUAAAGGGGUGUUCAGACCAAAUGCGACCAGGUCGCGUCGCGUCGGUCACGUCGCGUGGUACCUUGGUGUGUUCACAACGGGUCCAAAGCUGCGGUCGCAGGACGCGGCUGGUCGCCGCUGACCCGCUUCUCUCACCUUCCUUCUCCCUCCUUUUCUCCCUCAUAUAUACAUCCCGCAGCCCCUUCCAGCGCUCGCGGCACACACACACAAACACACGUUGAAGCAUGUAGCCUAGCAAGCAGGGGAAGUUUGCUAUGUGUUCAGAAAAUAGACUGCUCACUGAACAAAUGAACAAACGACCAGAAAGCCCGAAAUCAUGGGCCACCUUCGCCCAUGCCUCCUCCUUGGAGGUGCGGUCCCGGUAAAAUGCGCACCCCACGUCGUACAGGACCGGGUGAUAACUCACGGCAGUGAUAAACUACUCCUCCAUUGUGAUUCUUCUUCUCCUCCUCCUUGUUUUGCCAGUUUGUUGACGUCAGCAGAGCCCUGAUUGGCUGUCGCGGCACAGAGUCGCGGAUAGUUGCUCCCAAAGUUCAAAUAUUUGAACUUUGGGAGCGACGCAAUUUGGCGUCCUGCGACCUCGGCGACGCGACCUCGGCGACGCGACCUGGGCGACGCGACCUUGGCAACGCGACCUUGGUGACGCGACCUUGGCGACCAUGCACGACCUGGUCGCCAAGUCGCGUCAGGUCGGGUCGCAGGCAGCCGGCGGUCGCCAAGUCGCGUCAGGUCGCGGCUGUCCAUAGACUUUGCAUUGGGAGCCGUUGUCGACGUCACCAAGGUCGCGUUUGGUCUGAACACCCCUUAAAAGUACCAGAGGUCUUCAUACUGCACAAGCAAGUUAUUUUUAAUCCCAGUAAGAGCAAGAGCACUUUCUUUUUUUUGUUAUUCUGGUGUAAACAAAGACGAUCAGUACACCGCUGUUGAUAGACCAACAACUCACAAAACUGCACCUGAGCUGUAAUUGAGGUGAUAUUCAUCCUUAGCAGACUUUUAUUUUUAGUGCUAAAUAUCUGUCAGAUCACACUUUCCAGGUUACUGUGUUUUAUUUUGGAUGACUCUUAAAGGUGGGACAGGCAGGAUCUGAGGAAGUGCCAGUUUUUGAUGCCAACAGACUACCAGCAAACACAACGUUUGCAGGACUUCUACAACUAGGAUAAAGUGACAAACUCCAGGACCCGAGGGAAACAGUUUAGUGGUGCUACAACACGCAGCAGGUCCCAUUUGACAAGAAACACUUGGCUUACUUUGUUAAAGCGGUUUACCUGUCCAGCAGAAAGGUUACAGUGUCCCUAAGAUCCGAAGUGUCCCCCAUCAUUUGUGCUUCUGACCCGGCUUUUUAGCUCUUGUCCGGUCUACCUCCUUUUUAAGCGCCCAUUAUUCCGCCAGAGUCUCCGGUAUUUACUUCUUUUUCUCGCUUACAUUGGCAGUUGCGGCCAAAGGAGGAUUCAGACAAUUUUAUGUACUUUCUGGUUGGUCUCCACUGUCCAAUAUUGCAGCACGCUUACUUUGUUUGGGCUUGUGAACGGCACGGGGGAGUAGCGUUUGCCUCACAACUGAUCAGGUCGGGGAGGUGGAGAACGGCUUUGUUUAGAGUCAGAAAGAGCCGAGCGUUCUGAAAUGUUAAAAAGUUGACUACACAGACAAAACAAAACACAGAGAUAUCGUUGUAUUACCAAAUGUCAUCAAUAUCUAAUAGCUAUUGACUGAUAUUAAAAGCUUUUUUGUAUAUACAUCACAAAAAAAGAUGCUUCUUUAACGGAUUCCUGCCAACCCCACCUUUAAUGGACUGUUGCAACCAAAGUUUUCUGAGCCCAAGAGCCUAAUGGAAACAGUAUGAACAGAUCCAGAACAAGGCACCUUCACUAAAAUCGUAUCUUAAACUUCUGCAAACAUCUGCAGCACCUGUAAAGACCAAGGUUUGGUAUCUUGGUCAGAUGUUGGAGAAGUUGAGACUUGCCAGAAAUAGUUAAAUAGGAACCAGUUGUUUAACAUGGUUUUGAUAGGGAAACUGAAACCCACCAGAAACAUACGAGAGAGUGGGAACCAUCUGGUAUGAUUCUUUGUGAUUCUUCCACAGAGUCAACCAGGAGAGUUCUGAGGUUGUCAUUGGUCAGUCUACCCAGCAACAGCCUAAAAACCUGGAUUCCAUAUUUAUGGUUUGUGGUACUAUGACUUCACAUCCAUUCUGUGCUCUAUACUUCUACACUGUCCAACCUGGACCUGAUGUCUGGUGUCACUCACAUGAAUUGCUCUGUUGCAGAUGCUGGAAGAGAACAUUGUCACCUUUGUAAAGCAGGAGCUGAAGAACAUCCUUAGAGGUGUGAAAACCUCAGAGAGUCAGAGAGCAAGUGAAGAGGUCUUUGAUGGUGAUUCUGAAGGGCAAACUAGGACCAUCAGGGAGGCCUUUCUGAAGAUGACAGUGGACUUCCUUAGGAGAAUGAACCAGGAGGAACUGGCUGACUGUCUGCAGAGCAGUAAGACAAGUUCUAAGAUUGAAGAUGCUGAUGUUGUCUGAUAUCCCAAGAGAAAUGAAGGGACUGUAUUCAUAUGUAUAUAAAAUCCUUAAAGGUCAUAUGAUCUUCUGCCGUUGCUUGAUGAAGUCCUUUCCUCUGUUUUUAUCCAGGACUUCCUGCUUCAGUUUUUCAGCAUAAAAUGAAAUCCAACCUGAAGGAGAAGUUCCAGUGUGUCUUUGAAGGGAUUGCUAAAGCUGGAAACCCAACCCUUCUGAACCAGAUCUACACAGAGCUCUACAUCACUGAGGAAGAGACUGGAGAGGUCAGCGACGGACACGAGGUCAGACUGAUCGAAACAACGUCCAGGAAGCCAGACAGACCAGAAUCAACCAUCAGACAGGAAGACAUCUUUAAACCAUUACCAGAGAGAGAUAAACCAAUCAGAACAGUGAUGACAAAGGGAGUGGCUGGCAUUGGGAAAACCGUCUUAACACAGAAGUUCACUCUGGACUGGGCUGAAGACAAAGCCAACCGGGACAUCCACUUCAUAUUUCCAUUCACCUUCAGAGAGCUGAAUGUGCUGAAGGAGAGAAAGUUAAGCUUGGUGGAGCUCGUUCAUUUCUUCUUCACAGAAACCAAAGAAGCAGGAAUCUGCAGCUUUGAAAAGUUCCAGGUCGUGUUCAUCUUUGACGGUCUGGAUGAGUGUCGACUUCCUCUGGACUUCCACAACAAUGAGGUCCUGACUGAUGUUACAAAGUCCAGCUCAGUGGAUGUGCUGCUGACAAACCUCAUCAGGGGGAACCUGCUUCCCUCUGCUCGCCUCUGGAUAACCACAAGACCUGCAGCAGCCAGUCAGAUCCCUCCUGAGUGUGUGGACAUGGUGACAGAGAUCAGAGGAUUCAGUGACCCUCAGAAGGAGGAGUACUUCAGAAAGCGGUUCAGAGAUAAGGCCGGCAAAAUCAUCUCCCACAUCAAGACGUCUAGAAGUCUCCACAUCAUGUGCCACAUCCCGGUCUUCUGCUGGAUCACUGCCACAGUUCUGGAGGAUGUACUGAACACCAGAAAGGGAGGAGAGCUGCCCAAGAACUUAACUGAGAUGUACAUUUAUUUCCUGGUGGUUCAGUCUAAAAGAAGGAACAUCAAGUAUGAAGGAGCGGCUGAGAUGGAUUCUGGAACAAAGUGGAAUGAGAUGAUUGAGUCUCUGGGAAAACUGGCUUUUGAGCAACUGCAGAAAGGAAACCUGAUCUUCUAUGAAUCAGACCUGAUAGAGUGUGGCAUCAAUAUCAAAGAAGCCUCUUGGUACACAGGAGUUUUUACUCAGAUCUUCAGAGAGGAGAGAGGACUGUAUCGGGACAAGGUGUUCUGCUUCAUCCAUCUGAGUGUUCAAGAGUUUCUGGCUGCUCUUCAUGUCCACCUGACCUUUAGCAACUCCGGAGCCAACCUGCUGUCAGAAGAUCCAUCAACCUACCAUGGAUCUACAAUGACAGAGUUCAACCAGAGUGCUGUGGACAAGGCCUUACAGAGUCCAAAUGGACAUCUGGACUUGUUCCUCCGCUUCCUCCUGGGACUUUCACUGCAGACCAAUCAGACUCUCCUACGAGGUCUUCUGACUCAGACAGGAAGAAGCUCAGAAAACAAUGAGGACACAAUAAUGUACAUCAAGAGUAAGAUUGAAGAGGCCCCUAAUGUUGAGAAAAGCAUCAAUCUGUUCCACUGUCUGAAUGAACUGAAAGAUCGCUCUAUGGUGGAGAAGAUCCAACAGUCCCUAAAAUCAGGAAGCCUGUCCUCGGAGAACCUGUCACCUGGUCAGUGGUCAGCUGUGGCCUUCAUCUUACUGUCAUCAGAGAAAGAUCUGGAUGAGUUUGACCUGAAGAAAUACUGUGCCUCAGAGGAAGCCCUUCUGAGGCUGAUGCCAGUUGUAAAGGCUUCCAGGAAAGCUGUGUAAGAAAGAUUUGUUAUCAUGAAAUCUGUGGCUAUUUUCUGACAAGAGGAAAUACUCUUUAUUUAUUACUUGUGUCUUUUAAUGUCUCCUCAGGCUGAGUGGCUGUAACCUCUCAGAGAGAAGCUGUGAAGCUCUGUCCUCAGUCCUCAGCUCCCAGUCCACUAAUCUGAGGGAUCUGGACCUGAGUAACAACGACCUGAAGGAUGCAGGAGUGAAGCUGCUUUCUGAUGGGCUUGGGAAUUCACAUUGUGCACUGGAAACCCUCAGGUCAAGAUUCUUUCACUCAUUCAACUAAGAAGUAUUUUAAGUCUAGGAAGCAAGCUAAGAUGAAUUCUUGAAGGGUCUUUGAUUAAACUUGAGCCGUACCUUGUAGAAUCAGGGAGCAUAAGGGGAAGGGAAAGGUCUUGACCCUUUGGACCUGACGAGGAACAGCCCAAAAGACACAUCCUUAUUAUCUUUGAGAUGCAACAAUCUCCCCCUGUUGUCACAGGCCUCCUGCUCCAACAUCUGCUGCCCAGCUCAGAGGAUGAAAUGGGUCCUGUGUUGCUAGGGUACAAGCUCUUCGUCCAUGCUUUGCGUUCUUUUCGUCAGUAUUUCUGCAUGUAUCCUUGAAGUUUACGGAUACAGGCCAGACAGAGCAGUACCACCGGAAUCCAUGGGGGCAGUGUUGCUGCUGUCACUACACGAUACGUAUCUCUUGAGAGAAACAAAGACGACAAUGGCGGGGCUUUUUGAGGAUCAUCGUCAAUUUUUUUCAUCGGUACUACUUGACAAAAGAAUUCUCCGUCCUCCAACCGAAAGGCAUUUCGUGGCCUGACCAACCACCGCCUCCUAAAUAAAAUAUAUUAUCACUUGCUCCUCCACAGUCGCCAUGUUUCUUUUUGUUUGUUGUUGUCAGAAACUUUUGAUUCCUGCCUGCCCUGUGGUGAAUGUAAUGGUUAACAUCCAUGCCAACGUAAAGGACACAUGGAAGUAUGUAGGCAGUGACAGAACCAUCGUUUGAAACGGAUGCGUACAUUUUCAUAUGUAUCGCGAGCAUAAAUGAGCCCUUAAGAUCAUCUGCUAUGUGUGUUUUCUUGUGUCUUUGCAGUUUGUCUGGCUGUCUGAUCACAGAGGAAGGCUGUGUUUCUCUGGCCUCAGCUUUGAGUUCCCACCCCACCUACCUGAGAGAGCUGGACUUGAGUUACAACAACCCAGGAGACCCAAUAAAGCUCGUGACCGAAGGGCUGGAGAACCCACAGUGGAAACUGAGCACUCUAAGGUAGGGAAAGACAAACUUCUACAUUUUAAAGGAAUUCAAAGAACAUCUGCCUUUGACUCCUACCCACAGCAGCUGAGUAUGACUUGUAUACAAACGGUCAAGCCUAGCUUAGCAAAUGAAUGGCAACAGAAGGAAACUGAUAACUAAAGAACUUUUGAUAGAGUGGGUAGGGGGACUUCAAUACUAAGAGAUCUGACCCCAGUAAAUCUUGGUAACCUCUCAGUGAAGUACAACAUGUAUGAUAGAGGAUGUGGUGAUCUAAAACCUCUGUCCUUUCAGGGUGGAGCCAGGUGGAGUCCAGUGGUUGAAACCAGGUCUGAAGAAGUGUAAGUUUACUUCUUAUUUGAUCAAUCGUGACAAAGAAGCAAAUAUCCAGCUAUCUUUGAAUGUUCCUCAUGUAGACCUGUGGCUCUAAUGCGUCCCUUUGCGUCCAUCAGAUUCUUGUCAACUCACCUUUGACAUGAACACUGUGAACCAAAACCUGAAACUCUCAGACCACAACAGGAUGGUGACGUAUGUAGAGGAGAAUCAGUCAUAUCCUGAUCAUCCGGACAGGUUUGACUUCUGGUGUCGUCAGCUGCUGUGUAAAGAUGGUUUGACCGGCCGCUGCUACCUGGAGGUGGAGUACAGAGGAGGAGUUAAAAUAUGCAUGACUUACAGAGGCAUCAGCAGGAAGGGAGACAGUGAGGAGUGUAUGUUUGGAGUGACUGGUCUUUCCUGGUGUCUCAGCUGUUCCGAUGGUGGUUACUCAGUUUGGCGCAACAACAAAAGGAUACCAAUCUCCAUCACCUCCUCCCCCUCCUCCUCCUCCUCCUCCUCCCACAAGGUGGCAGUAUAUGUGGACUGUCCUGCUGGCACUCUAUCCUUCUACAAAGUCUCCUCUGACUCACUGAUCCACCUCCACACCUUCAACUCCACCUUCACUGAACCUCUGUAUCCAGGGUUUGGAUUCUGGACAUGGUCCAGACCUGGUUCCUCACUGUCUCUGUGUUCUUUGUUAGAGAAAUAACAUCAGUCCUGAACAGAUCAGUCGCAUUUAGCCCUGAAAACUGCAAUGGUUCAUCAAAAAGAUACACUGUCAGCAGAAACUUGCAGAUACUGUUGUCCAGGAGGACAGUCUUGUCCAAUCACAACUCAUCAGUGUUAACUAAUUAAACUGACCCCUAAUGUUUGAGGGGGAACAGAUCUCUGCUUUAUUUUAUUGUUUAGAAAGGACUGUGAAGUAGUCAGACAUCAACCAUUCCAACAUUUCCCUCUGUUAAAGACAGUCUUUUGAAUUUGACUUCAGCAGUAUCUCAAACUAACUCUCUGAAGUCAGCACUGAAACCAGAAAAGGGAAAGAGGCUUUUUUUUACCUCAAGAUUACGGUAAUGCUUUCUUUUACGGUACACUUAUUACCAGGUAAUUAACAGGUAAUUACCUAGUAACAACAUGAAAUUAUUUAGUAAUUACAUGACAACUACUUAGUCAAUACUGUCUAGCUACCAGGUAGGUAACCUUCCAUCAUCAUACAAAUUUGAAGCCGAAUUGCUCUGGUAUUUCCAUGAUUUUCUCCGCUUCCUGGAACCACCACUUGCGCAGUAGAAUUGUACGCAUUCUGGCGGGUGAGUCGCUGUGAUAAUGCUCGGCUCAAACAGCGUAUCGCUACGCAAUCUUCGCACGCCCAUAGGCUGUAUCAAGUGUCGAUCAUAGAAAAUAAGAACCCCAAAUAGCUUUUGAAAAUGGAGCUGCACAGAAAAAAGAAAAACUAGACAGUAUUGACUUAGUAGUUAUCAUGUAAUUACCAGAUAAUUCCAUGUUGUUACUAGAUAAUUACCUGUUAUUACCUGGUAAUAAGUAUACCAUAAAAGAAAGCGUUACCAAGAUUUCAAUACAGUGAUGGUUUCAGGCCUCUGAUGUUUUGGACUCUAAGUUUAUUUUGGCAGGAUCUUACUGAUUCAAAACGGCUUAAAGAUUAAAGUCAAAUCUUGAUGUGAUUUACCUGUCUUGAAUAUUUUUAUAGAGUUCUUUUUUUUUAAACUUUUGCAACAUUUUAAUGUGUGAUUAAAUAUGAUUAUUGUGUGACAAUGAUAGCUUUAGUUGUCAAAUGUUUUCUCUUCAGUGAGUUUGUAGUUGUUUCAGUUACAGUUUGUGUGUUCAGUCAAAACGAAGAAAAACAGACGUCCAUUCAUGCUGCAAAGGUCAAAGGUCAGCCCAGCCAUGUGGAGGGGAGGUGUGAGGAGUGGAAAGAUUUAAAAUCCUCAAAAAGAGAAAAACGAAAGCAGAGACCAGAAGACUCACAGAAAUCUACAGGUCCAGGUUUACAGGUUCAGGUCUGCAAGUCCAGGUAAAGAUCUUUUCUUCUUUUUCAUUCUCUCAGAGCUGGAGAUCAUAACUCUAGUUUUCUAUUCUUUACAGGAUCUGAAAAACCUUCAAAAUUAUUCUAUGGUGUUGGAAGUUUGUCAGAGUUAGACUAAAGUUACUGAAAUAUAAAAGUAUUUGUAUACUCUGAUUUGUUCUCUCAUUUUCUGUCCGCCUUUAAAUAUAUAUAUUUUGAGGUUAAAAACUGUUAUGAGGUGUUUGAGCUGAUUUAUGUUUUCUGUUUCUGUGUCUGACGAAUCAAACCCUCAGGACAAAAAGACAUAGCUUAAAGUAGUUCAUCAGAUACAGUGAUUAUUACUUUCAUCUGUUAACCAGUGUGUUUGUGGGUUCGUAUGCUCUGUAUCAACAGUGUGUUUUUACUUUUUCAGCUGUAUCAUGUUCAAGUGUCUCCUCCUGAGCGUUCUCGUCCUCUCUGUCCUGCUGCUAAUUCCUGCAGGUAAAAAGAAAACUUUAACCUCUACAUGUCUUCAGUGGCAGAGGCCUGACUGGCUGUCAGAGGCAGUAUUUACAGUAUAUGUGUUUUGUUUAGCAGGUUGCGGGGAGUUUCUUUGUUGUUCAAUCAAACAAGUAUGUUUUUUAAGCCCUUAAAGGAUUGAAUUCAGCAGAUUUAAAUGUCGUCACUCUGUUGAGAGUAACAUUCAUACUCAGAGACUAAAUACAAGAGUGUAAUGUGUUCACAUCAAAUGUAGAUUAAAUGAUUUGAUUGAUCACAUAUAAAGACAUGAUUGGAUGUAACACAAAUGUGAAUGAACAGAGAAGAUCGAAAGUGUCCAAACCUGACAUUUACAUCACGUUCAACGCAUUGCUAUGGCGUCAUGCGCUUAUUCCAGAGAGAUCCAGAGAGAUUUAUAUUAGAAGUUAAAGUGGAUGUUUAACACCUGGCCACCUCUAUACCUCAGUGGCCCAGGCAAAAAGUCUGGCUCAUUGUGUUGACCUCAGAUUUUUACAUUUUGCAAUAGUUUUGUUGUCACUCUUGAUUGUUUUCGAUUUUUCCUCCAUAUACGAUUCAUGUCCAAGAUUUCCCAUGAUACUGACAGCUUUCCUGUAACGCACAGAGACUGAAAUAUUCUUCCUCCCCUGACUUCCUCAGUCGUGUUUUUCUGUUCCUGAUUCUUUUUUGCUGUGAAAGACCUCUGACCCACAUUAGUUCUUGUUUUCUCUUAUUGUUUUUUUCCACUUAUUUUGGCUCUAAACUUGGUAAACAGUCUGUGUGUAAGUAUUUUAGAGCAGUGGUUCUCAAGUCCAGUCCAGUUUUGGAUGUUUCCCUGCUCUAACACACCUGAUUCAAAUGAUCAGCUCGUUAGUAAGCCAUUACAGAGCUUGAUAACGAGCUGGUCAUUUGAAUCAGGUGUGUUGGAGCAGGGAAACAUCCAAAACAUGCAGUACAGUGGACCUUGAGGACUGGACUUGAGAGCCACUGUUUUAGAGGAUAGAAACAACUUAAAUGUCCUCAGGUUGAGUUACUUCUGAGACACAAAACCCAGGGUGAAGAGCAGACGGAGCAUCUCUCACCUGGAGGUUAUUUUAGAGUGCCAGUGCUGAAGGUGACAGAGCAGCGUGAAAACAAACCUCCACCUCUUCCUGUUUGAGUGAGCAGAGAGAGUGUGAAAAAGAAGAGUUCUCACUCUCACUGAUUUUUACAUGACCAAGUCUGUCUCCUUUGCAGCUGGAAUUUCACCUUACUCACAGACUGAAUUAAAGAUUGAAGAACAUUCCUGAGCUGAAAUGUUUUAUCCUCACAGUGUUUAUAAAGCAACUGCACUUCAUUUUAAAGUUUUCACUAUGGUUGCAUAUCUCCUCAAUGUAAAAGGGUCUCUCUGAUGUCCAGCAAGGGGUGACUCCUCUGCCUGUAAUGUCAGUGUGCCUCUCUGUCAGCUGAUUAAUUCCGUCAGUAAAUAUGUUCCUCAUAAAUUUGUGGUCUGAGUCUGGAGUUUUCAGUAUCUGUCUUUAAUACAGCAGGAUUCUCUUUCAUUUAGAAAUGAGGAAAGGGUCAGUGAUGGGUUUUUUUUUAGGGACCAGACCAGAAAGCAAAUGUUUAAAAGACUAAACACACAAAGUUGUGAUUUCAUCAUCUCAUUAUAUUGUAAUCUGUUUCGUACAAUUUCAUAUAUUUACAAAAUAUAAAUGUAUUUUACAUAUCUUAGAUCAUACUUUAUUUUUAUAUUUUUGUACUUUUUCAUUUAUUUCAUUAUUUUAAUAAUUUAAUAAUUUAAUCUUCUUACUUUGUCUUAUCAUUUAAUAUGUGUUUAAUAAACUUUUAGUUUGUUUAUCAUGUUUAAAAACUGACUUAAAGCCAGGAUUAUACAAUCAAAUUAAAUGGUUUAAGUCUGCCUGUGGUGUCUAACUUUUUUCAAUGGUGUGUUUCAGGUGCAGACGAGGAUACAGGUGAAGGUGAGUGUGAGCUUAUUUUUAUGACAAACUCCUUAGUGACAUGCACGUAACCUACACACCUGUCCACCAACCUGUCUCUUUAUCACCCUCUGCAGCCGGGCGAGGGAGGCGCAGCAUCCCAAACUGGGCGAUGACCUCCGAUGAUUUCUUCGGCUGGGUCGAGGAACUUCGGAAACAUGCCGGAUACGAACAAAUCGAGCAGCUUGCCAGAACCUUCUGGGCUCAUUUCCCCUCUGCAGACCGACUUGGGUACGGAGCACAUGACCCCGAGGAGUAGGAGCAUAAACUGGAAGUUCAGUUUGUGGUUAAACAGAAAAAAUGAAGCCUCAGGAAUCACAGGAUUUAGAGUAUGGAGUGUCCUGUGUCUUAAAUAAAAAUGAAAAUUAAACAAUUCAAGUCUGUGAGUUUGUUAACUUGAUGGAAAUUUUUGGUUAUUCUUUCUGCCCUAAACUCUGACUUUCCUCUUCACUCCUGUAUAAACAAAAAGCUCCCAUAAGUCUCCUAAAACUGUACAGGAAGGACAUGUUAUUCAAAGUAAUUCAAUGUGACAAAAAGUUGGAUUUUAUUUUGGAAUUCAUUACAGAUUUCAGACCUAAAUGAGACUUUUAAGAAAGGAACAUUUAUGGUUUGGAUAUGUGUAAAUCAGCGUAACACUUUUUAAUGUGUUUUAAACUUUUGAUAUUCAACGUCACACUGAGGAAGUAAAAAGAUUUUAAAAAACAAGUAAAAUAACGAAUUAAUAAGAAAGUUGAAAAGGUACAAGGAAUUAAUGCAUAAUUUUAAGAAUAAAGUUGCAAAGUUACAAAAAUAACAUUGUUGAGUUGUUAAAUAUAAACAAAUGCAAAGUUAGGAGUAUUAAAUUCAAAUUCAACUUUAUUUGUAUGGCACUUUUCAUACAAAAAAUGCAAUUCAAAGUGCCUCACAGAGGCUAAAAACAACAAUAACGACAAUAAAAUCCAACCCUCCCAUCCACACACACACCCAUGGACACACAUGCACACAAAGGCACACACCCACCCUCACUCACUCACCCACACAUAUGCACAGACAACCGCACACAGUGUAAGAAUUGAAGAUAUAUUGUUAAAGAGACAUGGCCUGACACCGAGACAUUAUGUGAGGAAAGCGCUACCUUUGGGAAACAGCGGAGAUAAAAAAAAAAAAGAGUUAAAAAUGGUGAAAAGAAAAAAUAAAACCUGAUGGACUAAAAUAAGAAAAUAAUAUUAAAUGAACAGAUAAGUAAAAUCUCUUUACCAUAUAAAAAGGGGUAAAAGAUGUAAAAACCUGUGAUGGGAAUUAAGAAAAAAGACUAAGAACAGAGAUAAUUCAAUAAAAUUACAUAAAGUAAACAAUAAGACCUUCGAUUAAAAUGAACAUUUGCAAUAAAAGAAAUAUAAAAAGACAAUUAGUAAAAAGCCUGGUUAAAAAGGUAAGUCUUGGGCCUCUUCUUAAAAAUAUCAACAGUCUCUGCGGCUCUAAGGCUCUCCGGCAGGCUGUUCCACAACCGGGGACCCUAACAGGGUUGACAUGAAAUAAGGGGAAGCCGAUAAAUUGGUAAAUAUCUAUAAUGACUUAUAUAUAUUAUUACCAAAAACACAGUUUAACAAUAAGAUCAUACUUAAAACAAUUUGUAAAUGUUAGAAUUUUAACAUUUUGCAACAUUUUACAAAUUUAAAGUCCAGUAUACAUCAGCAUAAAAGUAAUUUAUAUUAUUUAAAAUUAUAUUUAAUUGACUUUAAUUUAAUGUUAUAUUAAGGAGAGCAGACAUGGUAAUGUUAUAUUUUUAAAUUACAUAUUAAUUUGUUGUUAUCAUAAUUUUAUGAAUGAUUAUGAUAGUAAUGCUGCCCUCUUGUGGUCAGACUGUGUCACUACAGUGCCAACUCAUACAGGUUUAUCUGUGAAAAUAAAAGUAAAUCACUCCCCAUGGCAGCCAAUCCUAGUGACCUAAAUUCCUCUCCUUACAUUUGCGUCAUCAUAUAUAGAGCAGACAUGUUGUUAUGGGCGGGGUCUAAAGCCUGGCGACCAAAAUUGGAAAGUCCGCCCGACUACUAGAGUUACCAACACGUGACCUCCCUCUGCGUCCUGCCCAGCCCUCCCUUUCUCUCUCUCUCUCUCUCUCUCUCUCUCUCUCUCUCUCUCUCUCUGUGUGUCUGCCUUUUCCUUGUUUUUCUCCUCGUGACUCGUACCCACAACAGUACCCCCUCCUGCUCCGUUUUCAGAGAACACUGAACACGUCUCCGUCCUGUCUUCUCAGACGGAGCUCUUUAUUUUUAAGCGAACUCAACGGAUUUUGUCGGGAACAGAUGUAACCCAUCUCCCCCUCCUCUUAGUAAAGUCUCCAGCCUACCUGUGCAGGUAAGUCUGAACCUCUCGAGAAACAUUUCUCAUCAGUAUUUGAGUGUAGAGGGUUUGUUGUAGUCAACAGAGAGCGAUGAGCUCUCAGACAGUACAGAGUGUUUAGAUCUAAUCUGAGUUUGUUCCUUUUUCAGUUUCAACAUGAUGUAACUCUGACUCACUCCCUGAUCAUAACACCUAAUGAAUAUAAUGAAUACAUGAUUCACCCACAUUCUUUGUUGACCUGGUAACAUCUGCUGUCACAAUGAGCAUGCAAACUGAUCACACACUGUGAACCUUGUCUUGUCUUUUCAGUGUAAAUACUCCAAAAAGGUUCAAAUGAUGUCCCUAGUAACUGUCCUCUGUUGAACAAACUUAGAUUUAAGACAGUCUAAGUGAGUUUGUCAGCUGAAAGGAACAACACCAACAGAUUAGGAUGUGAGGGUAAAGGAUUACAAGUGACCACAAUAAUAUCAGUAAACUUAAGUCAUAUAGUGCUUUUGUAAAAGAGGGUUAGCCAGUGCUUUACUGACCAAAAUGAACUGAAGAAUAAAGAUUCACAAGUUUUAAAAUAAGCGAAAAAGACAAACAGAGAGAAAUAAGAUGGAUAUGAAUGAUAGAAAGGAGAAAAGAUAAAGUAAAAUUGAAAAAACACCAAAGACCAACAUAAACAAAGUUAAAAGACUAAAAUCUACCAAUAGACAAAUAAAACAGAGUUUUAAAUAACAGCAUGAAUUUUUGUCUUUUCUCUGCCUUAAACUGUUUUAUUUCCCACCCGUUUCCUGUUUAAUCACUCUGUCACAAUUUUAACAUAUUAAUACAUUUACUAAGUUAUCUUUAAAAAAAUUAAUCAAUGAGUAAUAAUUAACCAUGUGUUUAGUUUUAUGCUCCUUGAAAACCUUUUUUUCUGGUCGACAAAGUCACUGAUAUCAGUCAGAUUUAUCUUAUCCUAUUUUAUGAAACCUCUUAAAGUGUUUUACUGUAUUUAAAAACAGUAAAGGGGAUUUAAUUGGCAGAAUGAAAGUAUUUCAUUCAUAAAUUUACAAUAAAGCAAAAACAAACCUCUCCUUAAAAAUCUGUGUAACUCUGGGCUUCACUGAGGGUAUGCUAGUAGCUGUAAAAAAAAAAAAAGCUCAAAGUCAACAGUUAAUGUUUUUAUAACGGAGACAAUAAACUAAAUGAUCCUGAUUGCCGCAAUAAAAUAUGAAGUUAUGGGAUCAAGAGAAACUUCAGGGUUAAUGAUUAAAAGAAGCACAAACAGAGUCAAAUGCAAAUCAAAACAGUUUGGCUCUUUGACAGAAGCUGAAUCUUGAGGAGUCAUUUAAAAGUCUGGCUCAUCUUUAUCUUUAUUUAUUUGCCAGAAGUCAACCAAAGGUGUAUAUGGGUGGGAAGUAUUCUGAACUUUGAUUAUAGUUUCAUUUGGCUUUUGUUUUUGUUGUAAACAUUCCACAAGGUGCUGUCAUACCCCCAUGCUUUCACAGAGAUCACUGUUCUGAAUAUUUCCGUCACCCAAGAUUCUUCAUGGCUCAACUGAAACGACAGAUAACUGAUAAAAAAAUAAGCCAUGAUAGAAAUGUGAAGACAAACUUGUGUUCUUGUUGUUCACUUAAAAGAGCCGUUCAAACGACUGACUCGUUCACGAAUGUCACAUCUCUAUAAUGCAUUUUCUGCUCUUUUUGUUGUUUCUUUUUUACUGUUUCUUUCUUUUUUGGAAUUUUUAAUCUUUGUGUUUUUUUUUCUCCAUAUAAAUUUAAAGUCUGAACUGAAUAGGUUUACAACCUGCUGAACAACAACGAGAGUCUGAAUAUUUAGACUAGUGCGCACAGAGGGAUCAUAUUCACCAACCUGCCAUUACAUUAGGAACACCUGAGCACUUGAAUGCAACCCAGUUUAACAGCUUAGCCUUUAAUUCCACUUUUCUAAGCUUCUACGUUUUAGCUUUUUGUUGACAUGAUCAAACAGCUGAUUAUUGAUCUUUAAUGUGUGACUAAAGACACGGUUGAUGGUUCAUGGUCUGCUGGAUAAAGAGAGGUGUUCCUUAUUUUUUGUCCACUUAUUAACACAUUUAAAGAAAUCAAAAUAUCAGGAAAUGUUCCCAGCAGGGCACCGACACCAUCCUGCAUGUCUCUUUAGAAUAAUCUGAAGUGCAGCAUUGCCACAUCUUUAAAAAUGAGAAGAAUGUCUGUUUAAUCCUCAUUAUUUCUCACGUGUUUCAUUUUCAUUGUUUUUACGACAGAGUCCACAAGGAUUCAGCAUGAGUCCCCCCGUACUGGUUCAGAGACGACCCGCCUUCAAAAACAAGUGAGUCCAUCAGAUUAGACACAAGUCCACCUUCUGGAGGGUCAUACCUGUGGAAAAACUGAUCUGAUCCUAGCAUGGAUAUGUCAAAAAAAAUUAACCCUGUGGUCCUGUAGGGUCUGCGAGAGAUCAGACGUCCCUGAUACUGACCCAUGGCUUGAACCCAGCUGUGUGUCCCUCAGGAGCCACCAGUCUAUGGCUGAUCCCCUUCAGUUUCAAAAACAACCCCCUGUCCCUGUUUUCGGGUGAGUUCAGAGUAACAAUCAUAUCUAAUCUGGAAUCGACCUAUCGAACAGGAAUCCUCCAGGGUCACUGUCAGUCUGAAACUUGUCCAUCCUUUCCUGCUUUUCUCCUGUAGCUUCUGUGGCUGAAAAUUAAAAAUGAUUUACACCUAAUUCUUCCUUCUUCUCCAUUAGGAUUCAAAAGAAACCAGAGUCCCCAAAACCUGGAUCAGAACCUGGAGCCGAGUCUGGGUCUGAGCUUGGCUGUGUGUUCUUCAGGGAUGAUGAAUCAAAGGCUGAACCACUAACGUUUAGAGACAAACUCUCCUCCCUGGAACAGUAAGAAGUUGAAUAUUUGUCACUCCAGACGAGGCCUGGACGAUAUAGAAAAAAAGCAUAUCGAUAAAAAAUAAAUCAUAUUGAUCGAUAAUUAUAAAAAAAAAUUAACAUAUAUUUUAAUUGCAGCCCUGGAUGUUUUAUGCUAUUGCUUAAUGACCUACUUUUAAUAAAGAACACACAAGCACUGAAUUCAAAUUCAAACCUUUAUUCAACCACCUUAUUUUUUUUACCACAACUGAAAGUUUUUUUAAAAAAGAACUUAAAAAAAAAAGAAAUCAACUUAAGUGGCCUGAGUGACGUGAGUAAAUACUGACAAACAUAAAGACUAAAGUGACCAGAAAAUCUGAUAAAUAAAUAUUUAAAUAGCCUUUUGAUGAAAAUAAACAAAACAAACAAAUAUAUAAAUAAACAGAAUAGCUUUAGGUAGGAAUAGCAUACUAACAGUUUUAACUGCCCACAGCCUGGUGUCUGAACACUGAAAUAUUUCUCCCGGGGUCGGGAGAUUUAUUUUUUUUAAUUAUCAUGUGAUUGACUUAAUACGCAAACUGAGCACGAGAAGCAGGACUUAUCCACGCCGGUGUUGUGUCGUAGAAUGCACCCCUGCUGAAUGCCCCCAAUCGAUAUAUAUUGUUAUCGAAUUAUCGUCCAGCAUUACUCCAGACUUCUGAAAACUUUGAUUAGAGACUUAAAAAAAUCACUUUUAUCUAAAGACCUCAAACAAUCAGCGAAACUUAAUAGGAUGAAAUGCUGUGUCAUUAAAGAUACCAGAGGUUAAAAUUCAUAUUUGCAUCCUCCUCAGGAUUGAGACAUGCCUCACAAUGUGCAUCUGCAAAAACAAGACACAAACUGGAAUUGCAACAAGUACAACAAAAUUUCUGCUGACUGUGCCACUCAGCGCAAUAUAGAGUUCAGAGCACUUAAUCAUGUUGACUCUUCAGGCUAUCAUCAGACCUCCACCUCUCUAUCUGACUCAUACAUGGUUUUAGCUGCUCAAGAGUUCAGGGUCUCCUUUGUCCUGUUUUUGGUGUCACGAUUCUCCAAAUGUAACGGGGGGAAAAAUCAGGACUGCAGGCAGGCUGGUUUAUCAGCAGGACUCUUCUACUACAGAGCCAUGUUGUUGUAAUCCCUGUAGAAUGUGGUUUGUCGUGUCUUGCUAUGAAUAUGAAGGUCUUCACUGGAAAAUCAUUGUCUGGAUGGCAGCACAGUUGUGGAAGCUAUCCAUGACAUUGAUUCUGAUUAUCCUCUCCUCAUACCAUGCUGGCUUUGGACUGGGAGCUGAAAACAAGCUGAGUGCCUCCUCUGCUCAUUAGUGAGGAGGAUGGAGCGUCCAUGAUCUCCCCUUGGUCAACCUGAAAUGAGCUCAGAUCCAGAGAUACCUAAUGUAUCUAAAAUAAUCACCUAUUGUCCUUUUUUAACAUAUUGUUUGAGUCUCACAGUAACAAUAUAUGAACUAUUAUUUCACAAUUUCUCUGCAGGGUUGACCAGCAGAGUCCAGAGUGUCCCAUUGGUCAUUCUGGUCAGCAGCAUCCAUCUCAGCUGGACUCAAUAUUUAUGGUCAGUACCUGAAGAGCUGCUGCCUUUACAUCUGUUCUGCUCAGAGUAAUCUUAAAACCAGCGGAUUAUCAGCCUGUCCAUCCACGACCUGAUGUUUGGUUGACAUAUUUUGUCAUUCAUAAAAUAUUUUGUUCCAGAUGUUGGAGAAAACCAUGGUUACCUUCAUGAAGAGUGAGCUGAAGAAAUUCCGGACAGUUCUGAGACCAGAUUACCCAGAAUGCUCAAGGAGUCAAGAUGAGGAUGAGGUGAUAGAUUUGGGGGAUAAAGAGCAGAAGAGGAAGAUCAGAGAGACCUUCCUGAGGAUGACAGUGGACUUCCUGAGGAGAUUGAAGCAGGAGGAGUUGGCUGACUGUCUGCAGAGCAGUAAGAUGAUUUCUGAUAAGAUAAAACAUUAUCCUACCUUAUCUUUGUUUAUUGAUCCCAAACACACCCGACACUCCCAGGGGAAAAAAACACUUGUGUUGUAUUUUACAAGCCCCAACACACACAAUGGUGGCAGUAUGGUGGUUUAAAGAUUGUCGCUUGUAUGAUCAUUUUCUGAGACAUGGUCUGGUCUACCUGCUGUGGUCAUCAGAAUGAUCCAUGUGAUGCUGUGUUGGUUUGCAAAAACUUCCAAUAGACUCCAUUUGAGAAUGCCAGUUUGGGGAACAUCGUGUUAUUAAAAAAGUAGUAUCUCAUGUUCUUCAAAUCCCAUCUAAUCCCAUGUUCCAGUUCAGGCUCCUCCCAGUCGAAUGAACCUAAAAAAUGUCCAGAGGGGUUGCUGUUGAGGCAUCCGCAUCCAAUACCCAAACCCACCUUAACUUUCUCUAUCUCGAGGGGAAAGAGCAGCACCUGUUGGAGCUUUUCCGAGCUCCCUCUGGAUGUCUAAGCUCCUGACCCCAUCUCCAGGUCUGAUCCGAGACACCACUUAAAGAAAGUCAUUUCACUGAAGGAGUUUUAUCUCCAGCCCUUCAUUGAAAACUUCAUGGAACCAGGAGAAGCUGGAAAAUAUUGCUUAGGGGAGAUUUGUCAGGGUAGCCUUGCUUGGCCUGCUGCUACUGCAAGCCAACUCUGGAUAUCCAGAAGGGAAUGAAUACAUAGAUGAAUAAAAACAUGGAUGCAUCAAUGAAUGGAUGGAUGGAGGAAUGGGUGGAUGCUUGCCUGAAUUGAAGCAAAGAUGCCUACAUUGAAACACGGAUGCAUGGCAGGAUGGAUGAAUGCUUACACGGAUUGGUGGAUGGGUGGGUGUAGUGAUAGAUGGAUUGAGGAAUCUAUGGAUGGGUGCAUGAAUUGAGGCAUUAAUGCUUGAAUGGAUGAAGGAGCCAUUGCAUGAAUGGAUGGGUUGUUUAAAAGAUGGAUAAUGCAUGGGUGAAUACAAAAAUGGACGGGAUAUUUUCACUUCCAAGCAGAUAAGGAAUUUGGUUGCCUACGCAUGGAACUUUAGGGCUCUUUAGCUCCUUCUCCACGAUGGUUUGGUCCAUUGGCCUCAAUUCAGUAUAUGCAGAACCAAUCUGCCUGUCAAUCUCACAAUUUAGGGCAGUGCCAUUUGAGAGCACUGCUAAUUUCAGCAAAGACUUAACUCCACGCCCAAGAAUUGUCCCAAGUUUGGAGAAGGUACUUACCUCGUGCAGACACAAUUGGCCAAAUGGUCUAAGCCAGUAAAAUAGAAGGAUCUACUUUCAAUGACAGCUCCCUGUCCCUAUUUUAAAGCAUACUGAUAUAGAUAUUUAGGGGUUUUUUAACCUUUUUGUUGUAAAUCAAGAACAAGUUUAAACUUCUCCUUUCAAAUUUCUUUGAUUAUUUUUUCAAUCAAUUUUGGCAAGUUUAGUGCUCAUAUGACCUUUCUUGAAAUUUCAGAAUCUCCAGCAAUGUGUCGGCAAAAUCUGAAAUCCAGUCUAAGGAAGAGGUUUCAGUUUGUAUUUGAAGGGAUUGCUAAAGCCGGAAACCCAACCCUUCUGAACCAGAUCUACACAGAGCUUUACAUCACAGAGGGAGGGACUGGAGAGGUCAACGAUGAACACGAGGUCAGGCAUAUCGAAACAGCGUCCAGGAAAGCAGUAAAAAUGGAAACUAAAAUCAGAUGUGAAGACGUCUUUAAACCAUUACCAGAAAGAGACAAACCAGUUAGAACAAUGAUGACAAAGGGAGUGGCUGGCAUCGGGAAAACCGUCUUAACACAGAAGUUCACUCUGGACUGGGCUGAAGACAAAGCCAACCAGGACAUCCACUUCACAUUUCCAUUCACCUUCAAAGAGCUGAAUGUGCUGAAGGAGAGGAAGUUCAGCUUGGUGGAGCUCGUUCAUCACUUCUUCACUGAAACCAAAGUAGCAGGAAUCUGCAGCUUUGAAAACUUCCAGGUUGUGUUCAUCUUUGACGGUCUGGAUGAGUGUCGACUUCCUCUGGACUUCCACAACAAUGAGGUCCUGACUGAUGUUACAAAGUCCAGCUCAGUGGAUGUGCUGCUGACAAACCUCAUCAGGGGGAACCUGCUUCCUUCUGCUCGCCUCUGGAUAACCACAAGACCUGCAGCAGCCAAUCAGAUCCUUCCUGAGUGUGUGGACAUGGUGACAGAGGUCAGAGGGUUCACUGGCCCUCAGAAGGAGGAGUACUUCAGGAAGAGGUUUAAAGAUGAGAAACUAGCUAACAAAAUCAUCUCCCACAUCAAGACGUCCAGAAGUCUCCACAUCAUGUGCCACAUCCCGGUCUUCUGCUGGAUCACUGCUACAGUUCUGGAGGAUGUACUGAGAACCAGAGAGGGAGGAGAGCUGCCCAAGACUCUGACUGAGAUGUACAUUCACUUCCUGGUGGUUCAGUCCAAGCGAAAAAAAAUCAAGUAUGAAGGAGGAGAUGAGACGGAUCCACACUGGAAUAAAAAGAGUAAGAAGAUGAUCAAUUCUCUGGGAAAACUGGCUUUUGAGCAGCUGCAGAAAGGAAACUUGACUUUCUAUGAAUCAGACCUGAUAGAGUGUGGCAUCAAUAUCAAAGAAGCCUCUUGGCACUCAGGAGUGUUCACACAGAUCUUCAGAGAGGAGAGAGGACUGUAUCGGGAUAAGGUGUUCUGCUUCAUCCACUUGAGUGUUCAAGAGUUUCUGGCUGCUCUUCAUGUCCACCUGACCUUCACCAACUCUGGAGCCAACCUGCUGUCAGAAGAUCCAUCAACCGUCCAUGGAUCCACAAUGACAGAGUUCUACCAGAGUGCUGUGGACAAGGCCUUACAGAGUCCAAAUGGACACCUGGACUUGUUCCUCCGCUUCCUCCUGGGACUUUCACUGCUGACCAAUCAGACUCUCCUACGAGGUCUUCUGACUCCAACAAGAAGUAGCCUACAGAUUGAUCAGGACAAAGUCCAACACAUCAAGAAGAAGAUUGAGGAAAACUCAAGUCCAGAGAAAAGCAUUAACCUGUUCCACUGCCUGAAUGAACUUAAGGACCAUUCCUUGGUGGAGGAGAUCCAACAGUACCUACGAUCCGGUAGCCUUGCCACUGACCAACUCUCUCCUGCUCAGUGGUCAGCUCUGGUUUUCAUCUUAUUGUCAUCAGAAAAAGAUCUGGAUGUGUUUGACCUGAAGAAAUACUCUGCCUCAGAAAAGGCUCUUCUUAAGCUGUUGCCAGUGGUCAAAGCCUCCAAGACAGCUCUGUAAGUGACCAUGUUUUCACUGUUCUUGGAGUGCUGCUGUUGAUCUAAUGUAAAUUCUCACCUUCUUACCUGCCAAUUACAUUUUUUCAGAUUGAGUGGCUGUAACCUCUCAGAGGGAAGCUGUGAGGCUUUGUCUUCAGUCCUCAGCUCCCAGUCUUCCAGGCUGAGAGAACUGGAUCUUGGUAACAAUGACCUGAAGGACUCAGGAUUGAAGAAACUGUGUGUUGCAUUGGAGAGUUCAGACUGUCUACUGGAAACUGUGAGGUUAGCUUUCUCAGAGUUCUACAUGGACUGUCUGUGUAGUCUGAAUUGGGGGUCACAUUGACAAGACACACUAUGACUCCUACAGGGGCCAUCUUGAAGUACACUUUCAAUUUUGGUGGACAUCUGACCAAAACCAACAGCUAAGAGAAAGUUGUGCUACCCUGAUAACUCUGCGAUUUUGUGAAUUGGCGCAUACCUUUCAAUAUAGGGCUUUUUUUGAUUUAAUCUCAUGGAUUAACAGAUUGCAUGAGACGAGGGAGGCUGCAUGAGCAGGAACAACCACAUCUUCCUGUUCCUUUUUAAGUGAUAUUGAGUCAAUCCUGAGUUAACACAUGAUACAUAAAUAUGCGGGUCUGGGUCACCUUCCAAUUAACUCCAGUCAGUCCUUUGUGUGAAACCCAUCAGAUGCCAGGGUUUGAGUUAGGGUUACAAAGAUUGAGUCCAUGUCUCGGUCUCCAACCCAAAUACAGACCUGGCACAGGGAUUAUGCAACUAAGGGAUCAGUAGUCCGUGCAAUACAUAGUAGAUACAAUGUAUGUUUAUGUCUAGCUGUCUGGGUCAAGGGAAAACACUGACCUCUGAGUACUUGUGGUUUCUUUCUGUGGUUUAUAGUUUGUCUGAGUCUAUAAACCACGAGCUGAUUUAAAGAAAAGAGCUAUGUGACUGCAAUACUAGUAGUUCAAGUAAUAUGCAGAUGAUGCAACGAUUUAUAAUCUUGAUAAGGUGAUAAAAAAAUGGCUAUCCACUAUUUGUCCUAAGUUUUUCUCUGGGUCUACAAUGUACAAGUAGACAUAAUUUAGUGAAAUUUGUAACCCAAGUGCCUGUAGAUCAACAAUAUGUAGAUGAUACACUGUUUUAUAUGGUUAUGAAGUUAAGGUAGAUGGCCAUUCACCAUUCGUCCAUUGGCCCUUUUUGGGUCAACAAACCACAAAUAGACUUCAUAAGAAAGACUUACGUAACCACAUCACAAGCAGAUCAAGUAAUUUGCAGAUAAUGCAAUGUUUUAUAUGGCACAGUUGGUUAGACUGAAAGCUGUCCAACAAGCCCUUUGAGUUUGUAGCUUUUCUGGGUCUACAAACCACAAACAGAGAUGGGGUUGAUGUGACUGUAAUACCAGUAGGUCAGAUACGUGAAUCAAUCAAUCAAUCAAUCAAUCCAAUUUUAUUUAUACAGCGCCAAUUCACAUCAGUCGUCAUCCCAAGAUGCUUUUCAAAGAACAAGAGCAGGUCUAGACCACGCUCAUUGUUUGAUGAAUUAUCAAGAACCAACCUAAGAUGGGUUUUGGCCCAUCUCAUCUAACAUGAGUAGCAGUGGCAAGAAAAAACUUCCUUUUAACAGACAGAAACCUUGAGCAGGACCUGACUCAUGCCAGACAGCCACCAUGCUGCUGCUGAGUUGGGGAGGAAUGACUGUUACAUAGCUAAUGAGGUCAAAACAUAUGGUCUUCCAGGGUCCAAGUGUGCAAGAGAUCUUUUUAGAGACUACCAAAAGUUGUUUUUCUUUGCUCCUACAUAAUUCAAAUACUUUGAACCGGAUCUACUCUUUGAGUAACAAGUCAUGAUGUUUGGUGCUAUAUUGAUGAAUAUUUGCCUAAAAAGCCACUGGUUUUGUUUUGUGUCUGCAGACUGUCAGGAUGUCUGAUCACAGAUGAAGGCUGUGUUUCUUUGGCCUCAGCUCUGAGUUCAAAUCCCUCACACCUGAGAGAGCUGGACCUGAGCUACAACCAUCCAGGGGAAUCGGGUGUGAAACAGCUCUCUGCUGGAUUGGAGGAUUCUGAAAUGAGUCUUGACACUUUAAUGUAUGUAAAUAUACUGUUGAUGAUCUUCAGACAGAUUUAGGAAAUGUAAAAGAGAACUUGGCAGUACGACUUUUUCAGACCUUUUCAAGUUGAUCUCUCUCUCUGUCUUCCAGAUUGAGCCCGAGUGGGACACAGUGGUUGAGACCAGGUUUGAGGAAGUGUAAGUAUGCCUAAGCUGGAUUUCCUGAAAAAAAAGAACCAACACUGUAUCAUAAUUGAGAAAUCACUGUGAAAAUACAGGGGGAAUAUUCUGAAAAGUGAGAGAGAAGAGUUAUGCUUUAAGCGAAAUGAUUGACCUAAAAAAACUCAGUCAAUGACACAAAGUUCUCCUUGUUUUUAUUUUAGAUUUCUGUGAACUCACACUCGACCCAAACACGGUCCACAAAUUCCUCAGACUGUCUGAAAACAACAGAAAGGUGACAGAUCUGAGGAAGGAGCACCCGUACCCUGAUCACCCUGAGAGGUUUGACUACUGGCCUCAGGUACUGAGUGAGGACUCUUUGACUGGACGCUGUUACUGGGAGGUGGAGUGGGUGGGAAAGGUCUAUGUUGCUGUGGGUUACAGAGGGAUGGGGAGGAAAGGAGACAGUGACGGCUCUAAGUUUGGAGGGAAUGAUCAGUCCUGGAGUCUGACCUGCACUGAUGGAGGAUACAACGCCUGGCAUGAUAACAGCGGGACGCUCAUCCCUCUCCCCUCGUCUUCCGUCUCUCACAGGGUGGGGGUGUAUGUGGACUGUCCUGCUGGCACUCUGUCUUUCUACAGUGUCUCCUCUGACACUCUGACCCACCUCCACACCUUCAACACCACAUUCACUGGACCUCUCUACGCUGGGUUUGGAUAUGGGGUCAAACUGAACGCUUCAGCGUACCUGUGUCCACUGUAGUCUGAAAACGAAUCAUUUCAGACUGACGCCAGUGUAGUGAGAUGGACUGGCACCUCCACAGACCCAGAAAGUGAGGCCAAAACAUUCUGAAAUGGGCACUGCCAAUCACCGGGGGGGACACCAUAUGUUUUUGGUUUCACUUUUGGAGACAGUUUGGACUUCCUGUCCAAAGUUCUCAUAUCUGGUAGCUGCCAGUCAGCCUUAUGAUCUCUUUUAUAAAGAGUUAUGUGGUAUUUUAUUUGGUAAACCAAUCAUUUUCCGUUUUUCUUAGCUGAUUCCUCAAGUAGUCAUGGUAACAGCGUGAUCCAAUAUUCUCGAAUGAACAAAUACCAUUAUGAGAUUAUAAAAACAGAGGAAACACAUUUAGGCUUUUUCCCAAUAAUCCAUUAAAAUUAAAUUGUGUAUAUGGUAUAAUCUGGAUUUUUUUAGUGCAUUAGGUUUAUGUAUGAGUGCAAAGCACGUACGGAAGUGGCAAACAUGGCAAGGAGCAAGAACAAAAAAGCACCAAAGUUAGGAAGGAAACUAAUGUCCUUCAGAUCUAAAGCUGGACACAUGCACAGAUUUUUGGCUUUAGUUUUUAAAUUAACUCAUUCCAUCCUAGCAGAUAGUUGUCCUUCUAGAGUAAGCAAGGGAAGUUCACUAUCAGGAGCAGUUUUAGUCUGGGUUGUUAACCUGAGAGGAGCCAAACUCUGCUGGGAAGAUGAAACCCUAAAAACUCAAGCAAGAACAUACAGCCUUUAUGACUGUGGAGUGAUCUGUAGAUACUUAUGCAUAGCAUGUGUUUGGAUUUCCUACUUCUCUUCAGUUCAAAUGGAAAGAACAGGGUGUCAAAACUCCUAAUAAUGAGCAGAAGAAGACAUUUAUUCUUUGAUUUAACUUUUACUGUGAAUAUCAGACUGUUGGAGGACCACUUUAAAAAAAAAAGGAAGAGCCAGAUUUAAUGACGCAGCACUAUUUUAUUUUUAGCAGGGUGAAUUUGGAAAUUCCAAAGUCGCUUAAAGACAAGCAGAGCUGUCGUCUGUCUUCAGUUCAGACUUAAUUUUAAGGAUUGAUCCUCUUUAGAGAUGACAUAUUUAUAUUGUUUCUGUGUUUAUCAUUCAUAUAUUUAUAUAUAUAUAUAUAUAUAUAUAUAUAUAUAUAUAUAUAUAUAUAUAUAUAUAUAGUGAGCGGCUUUGUAAGUGGUCAGUCAAAGAGAGGUGCUUCUAGGAGUCAGACUCCGCAAUAAUAUAUAUUGAUGUGUGGACUUAAAAUGUCUUUGUUCGUGGUACUUUUUAUGAAAGUUUGACAGUUAAACUGUAGCUAAUAUUAGCUUUUAGUAUGUUACUAAACUUUAAGUGAUGAGUCUGUGCAUAUGAUGUAUUUUAAGUUUAUUUGUGUUAUUUAAAUCAGUGGUUCUCAAGUCCAGUCCUCGAGGCCCACUGUCCUGCAUGUUUUGGAUGUUUCCCUGCUCCAACACACCUGAUUCAAAUGAUCAGCUCGUUAUCAAGCUCUGUAAUGGCGUAAUAACGAGCUAAUUCUGUUGUGUGAGUCUCUACUUAUGGACUGAUAUAUAUAUAUAUAUAUAUAUAUAUAUAUAUAUAUAUAUAUAUAUAUAUAUAUAUAUAAAAACCUAUAAAUAAAGAUGUUCAAGUCCUACAAAACCUUCAUAUUAUGCACGUUUUAUUUGUUGACUUUUUGUAUGUUACUUUUAGUACAAACAUAAAUACUGUUAAUUUUUAAUGAGGUUGAUAUGCCAACUCCCAAAGUAACACCCAUUUCACCAAAUCUGAUAGUUUUAAACAGAUUAUGAACUAGACUUUGCACAGUGGAUGAGUAAAACGUCAUAAAGGCGUAAUAUCUGUUAACUUAGAAACUUUUUUAGAUUAAAUAACAAGAAGAAUUGAUAAACUAACCGCAGAAUGUAUGAAGAAAACGAUUUCUAUGAUAUUUUCAUGAAAAUAUUUGCUGUUUUCACUGUGUGCCCCCUUCAUCACCUCAGCUGUUGCUGAGUCAUUGGUGCUGCUUCUCUGCAGCAGAUGAACCCAUCUUCCUAAAGCACAAAUCAUCAUAUUUGUCUCUAAAUAUUAACAUAAAAUGUGGCAGUAAACUUCGAACACUGUCAACUGUGUUACAGCUGAUGAGUAACACAGUUGACAUUUCGGCCAUUUUAGGGCUUUUUGCUAACUGCAGACCUCAGAACUGAUGCUGUGAGACCUUAAUCAACUGUUUUUAUCUACAUUUUUGUAAAUAAAACAUUUAAAGCAAGUUCUCAUGAAUAUGUUGACAACACAGUUGACAAUCAGUUAAUCCGCUCUAUGUAUUCACAAUGAUAUUGAUAAAUUAUUGAAGAGUGGAAGUAAAGACUUACCUCACUGUGUUUUAAGUUUCCCUUCAAAAAGGAUAUCACAUUAAAUGAUGUGAACAUGUUACUUGGGAGCAAACAAUUGCUGACUUAUGGGGGGUUUUCACAGGGUAACACAGUUGACAAAAGUUUCUCGGACACACACAAAGCGGAUGAUUUAAUGUGUAUGAAUGAGCUAAAUUGAUUUUCAAACAACUUUCUCAUAUAUCAGUGAUUAUUUUGAAAAAGUAUUUACAAAAAUUGUGUACAAAAACAUUUAAUUUAAUGUUAAUCUGAAGAGCUAAACCUGACAUUGAGAAAAUCAGACAGCAUAAAACCAACAAAUUCCAGUAUAAUACAUGCAUUUAUUGCAAAAAGAAAGAUGAUAUAUGUUGAACUUUUUGUAUUGAAUAAAAGAGAAAUGUGCCCUGAUAUAAAAUUGAUCAUUGGUCAAAGCUAAUAUUUGGUAAAAUUGAUAAAUACUGUCCAUGGACAUGACAUGUACCCCUAAUUAUAGAGUGACUCUGCUGCACCUGAGCUCAGUGUCCAGUAGAUGGCGCUCUGACCUUUAUUUUACUCCACGUGGUCUGAAUCUCUCUGUGAAUGAAACACUUAAAAAUCGGAUCUUCAUCUCUGGGUCUGAAAGAGAAAAGUAAUCUCUGUGUGUUUAAAGCGAUUGAUGAAAUCAUUUUUUACCAGCCUAAUCUUCCUCUCCCUCUUUCCUCCUCCUCUUAAGUCUAGCUCCACAUUUUAGGGGUGGGGUCAUCACUUUCAGGUGUGGGGGUCAGUUCACCUGCAGACUACCUGGGGCUCCUGAUAGACAGCAUUUCAUGUUAUAUUCAAUGUGAUUUUUCUUAGAAACAAACCUGGGCUGGUCAUUCAUUUAGUUCUGACACGUUUACACGUUCAGCUCUGAUAACAAACACACAAUACACACUUUAUUCACAACUAGAGGGGAGGGGAGAGGAGUAAGUAUGGGAAAGGAGUGAAAAAAGGAGGGAGAGGGGGAACCCGUGGGGGAGGAGAGAGGGGGCACAUUGCAGCACACUCGUGCGUAAAUGUGACCAAAGCGCCUCUCCCCUCCGUCUCCAGCACCUUCUCCCUCCUCAUCUCAGUCCGGUCCACCUUCCUGGAUCUCCUCCCCCGGCGGGCUGUGGUCUCUGUCGGACCCGGUUCCUCGCAGUUCCUCGGUCUCUGGACUCAGGUGGACCCUGGAGUCUCGGGUGUCUCGGCUCGGCGCCCUCCUGCAGGGUUUGGGAGGAGCGCCGGGAAGCUCGUCCCGGUUCCUGCCGGGCUUCGUGUCGACCUCCGGGGACGGUCAUGGCGGCUCGGAGCGGAGGGAGAGACGCGGGUCCACCCGAUCCCGCAUGCCGGUGAUGCGGGGUCUGAUUGCGCCGCAGAACACCUUCCUGGACACUAUCGCCACGCGCUUCGACGGGACCCGUGAGUACACCUGUUUACAUCUGUCAGUUAUCCGGUAACGAUCCGGAAUAAAUCACAUUGAUGGUUUAAACAAUUGAAAGUUUAACAUUAAUAAUAGGCUAACAAAGGGACCAGACGAGGAGACAUUAAAUGAAUAAAUGAAUGAAUGAAUGGAUGAAUGAAUGAAUGACAUUUGUCUCGAAUAAUUCAUAAAUUUCCACACAGUUUGAGGGUAAAUUUGGUUUAAUUUUCCCCACUAAAUUUUAAAAAAUGUUUCAGUCAUAAAGCGAUGAUGGGUAUUUGGUAUAUUUUGUUUUAGCAGCAGAAUCUUGAACUCACCUCUGACAGACAUGGUAAAGCCUCAGUGAACUAUAAAAACUCCAAAGCUGAAUAAUACUCACUGGUUUUGAUAUGACAUGCCGUGUUAUGUGUGGAUGCAUGUAUGUAUAUAAAGGUGUCAUUCAUUAGCAUCACUGUACUGUGAGCAGCAGCUGUCACUUAUUUUAGGUUCACUUCAGUUCACUGUGGAUUCACACAGCUUCAGGGCCGUAUUCACCUACCAAGAAGGCUCAGGGCUGAAACCAUCUCCUGCCCCCUGUUUACCCCCUGCUCCUUUUGUACAGUGGUGAAUUAAAGGGAUACUCCGGUGUAAAAUUAAGUUAGAAUCAAACACACCGUAACACCAAGUUAAGGUCCUUUAACACUGGGGCUGACACGAAUAUAGAACGCAAAAUCACGAAAUAUUCUGAGGUGAAUUUUGAAGCGCCUGACUAUACACAUCAAGCCCGAUGCGAUUUUGCGACUUCCUGGGGGGAAAGAGACGCAUCCUGGGGAAGACUUUUCCGGGGGGAAGUCCCGCCUCCUUCGCCUCUGAUUGGCUAGAAAAGCUGGAAACAUCAUCACACGCUAAAGCCAAACGGUCAGAACUUAUAGCCAAUCAGAGGCGAAGGAGAGCGGGACCUUCCCUUAGCAACCCUCAGCGUCCCGGGUAGAAGCAAGAGGACAAAAAUGGAGUCUACUUCAACUUCAAGUGAUGUCGAAUUGGUACUCCUUUGAUUUCUCAAAAGAAAAAGAAACGUAGCACACGGGUGCAUCCAAUAUUACAAAAAAGAAGAGAACUUGAGUUUCACUGCUUAGUUCAGGAGCUGAAACUGUACCACUGUUGCUCUAGAACCUGUUUUCGGAUGUCCGUUGAACAAUUUGAAGUUCUGCUGAAACAAUUAGCUCCAAGUUUGAAGAGGCAGAGGACUAGACACUAGACACUAGUGUUGAGAUGGCUUUCUGUCAUGAUAGCAUGUACUGAGUUGGGGCCAGUACCAGAUAAGCACAUGAAACUAUGGUAACAACCGUUAGCUUACGUUAGCACAGAUGAAAGUUAAAACAAAGAUGUUUAGCAAAGUGUUAAAGCACACAAAACAUCGUCAUAUGAGAAAUCCAACACUGUGACUCUCCACAAGUUGUCCUUCAGGUCGUUAUCUUUGUAAUGUUUGUGUAAACGAUCAUAAACAAUCAGCUGAUCGGCCAUGUUGGGUAAACCGGCAUUAAACAUCACAAAAACACGCAAUCUGAUUGGUCAGAAGUGGACACACAGUAUGUGAAACUUUAGAAAAGUUGACCAUGAUCCGAAAAAAUAAAUGUCACAAUAUCGCAGAACAGGAAAACGUCGCUGAUGUGAACGCUUGUAUUGACAGGAUACGGGUUUGAAAAAAAAUAUUGACGUCCGAAAUAAUCACACAACAUAAACAGUUCCAGUGUGUAAGGACCUUUAGACACCCUGUCAAGAGAUAAAUGUUGCUGACUGCUUGCUUCCUCUAGUUAUACCAACUUUAGUAACGACUGCACGAUAGCAAUACACAGCAGUCCCAUGAGCUACAUGCUCAACCAAAAGGCCUCUCUUUUGCCACAAGUAAUACUCAGAACAGCACCUAACUUCAUCAACAGUACAUAUGGGGUCCCAGCCAUAAUACUAGCCAUCAAACAUCUUUUUAGCUUUGCCUUAUUUCUUUAGCAAAGAGACUAAACACAACUCACCCACUCUCUUUCAGCAGCCGCUUGUUGGUAUGGAGACCUUAAGCGAGUCCAUUACAGCAGCGGGGUGACGCAGCUCAAGCUCUAUAUGUACUGUUCAAAUUCAACUUUAUUUGUAUGGCACUUUUCAUACAAAAAAUGCAAUUCAAAGUGCCUCACAGAGGCUAAAAACAACAAUAACGACAAUAAAACUGGACCCUCCCACCCACACACACACACCCAUGGACCCACACGCACACAAGGGCACACACCCACCCUCACUCACUUACCCACACAUACACACACACAACCGCACACAGUGUAAGAAUUUAAGUUAUAUUGUUCACGAGACAUGGCCUGACACCGAGACAUUACGUGAGGAAAGAGCUACCUUUGGGAAACACCGGAGAUAAAAAAUAGAGAUAAAAAUGGUGAAAAGAAAAAGUAAAACCUCAUGGACUAAAACAAGAAAAUAAUAUUAAAUGAACAGAUAAGUAAAAGCUCUUUACCAUAUAAAAAAGGGGUAAAAGAAAUAAAAACCUGUGACGGGAAUUAAGAAAAAAGACUAAGAAUAGAGACAAUUAAUAAAAUUACAUAAAAUAAACAAUAAAAACUUCAAUUAAAAUGAACAUUUACAAUAAGAAAAAUAUAAAAAGGCAAUUAGUAAAAGGCCUGGUUAAAAAGGUAAGUCUUGAGCCUCUUCUUAAAAACAUCAACAGUCUCUGCGGCCCUGAGGCUUUCCGGCAGGCUGUUCCACAACCGGGGACCAUAAAACUGAAUGCUGCAUCCCCGUGUGUUUUUGUUUUAACUUUUAAAAUGCCAGUGCCGGAGGACCUUAGGGCCCGCAAGGGUUGAUAUGGUAAAAGUAAGUCAGAUAAAUAGGGAGGGCCAAGACCAUUAAUACAUCUAAAAACUAAUUAAAGAACCUUAAAAUCAAUCCUGAAACGGAUGGGGAGCCAAUGCAGCGAUGCUAAAACUGGUGUUAUAUGCCCUCGCCCUCUGGUCUUUAUCGGCACUCUUGCAGCUGAAUUCUGUAAUAUGACUGUUCAUGAAGUUAGGUGCUGUUCUGAGCUUUAUUUGUGGCUAUAGAGUGGCAUUAAGGUUGAGCUCGUGGCUUCUGAGACCACUGUGUAUUGCUAUUGUGCGGUCGUUACUAAACUUGGUAUAACUAGAAGAAGCAAGCGGUCGGCAACAUUCAUCUCUCAAAGGGGGUGUCUAACUCAGUGUUAUGGUGUGUUUGACCCUAAAUUAAUUUUACACCGGAAUAUCCCUUUAAUUGUCCAGUUUUUGCUUUUUUGUUUUUGGCUCCGUUCAAAUCAAAAAGCGUUCAGCGGCAGAUCUGCUUACUUACCAAAAUAAAUAACUAAACACAGAGUACAGUCUGCAGUUUAAUUUAUUGGUUUGCAGAGUUUGGUUAAGACCAGCAGAGCUAGCGUAACCAGCCUUCAGGUUAACUCUGGUUGAGUGAUUUUUGAACUAGUUUAAGGCUACGUUCACACUGCAGGUUAUGAUGCACAAUUCAUUGCACUGUUCACACUUACAUGAAAAAAUCAGAUAUGUGUCACAUAUGGUUAAGAAAUCGGAAUUGACCUGCAGUGUGAACAUAGCCAAAUGCAGCCUACAUUCAACUAAUCUCCAUUUUGUAGAUCUUAAUACUGGCAAACCAUGCCACACAAUUAGAUGACAUACAGGGAGCUAAGCAUUACAGUAGGAGCCAUUAACCUCAGCUACAGCAGUGACUAGUAAAGGGAGACUGCACUACAGCUUAGUCAAAAGAUGAGCGACAUUUCCGGCCUGCAAUAAUAAAAUGAUCAGUAACUCUGAUAACUAACACUUGACCCAACAUGCACUGAUGAUGAGGUUUAGUCAAGUAUGCACAUCUCUCAAACUUUCACCCACAAAAUAUAGAAAAAAAUUUCAUCAUGAUUAAUUUGUGUAGGUUCAUUAGUCUUUGAGAAGGAUGUUUGUUUUCUGCAUGCUUAAUAAACCUGCAAACAGGCAGUUUUGAUGUUUUCUUUGCUGUGUGAUAUGUACUGUAAUUUUCCAGUACUAAUAAUGUCUGAAAUGAGUAUUUUCUUUUCAUGAUCCUGUGUUUCUACUCAUCUGUCAUUGGUGCUUAUAUUUUGCUCACUCAAUUCAAACGUGUAGUGUUAGGAUCAGGUUUGCAGCUCAGCACUCGCUAAAAACGUGUCUGACCUUCUGCUGUGAAGAUUAAUGGUUGUAGUAGCAGCUCCCUUGUAUCGUAUAUUCUUGCAGCACAAGAUCCCCAGAGGAAUCCUGUUCUCCAAGCAUGAUCCCAUUACCUCUAAGCUGUUUGUCAUUACAGAGUCAAGAGCUGGACCUCUGUUCCCCCUUUUCCUCUCUAUAAUCUGAGGUCUCAUAACGCUCUCCUACAGCAUGGUUUUAAGAUAAGAGAGAUGCUUGGGAAAUCAAGGAGAAAAUAUUAAAAAAAAAGUGUUUUUGGUGCUGAUACUGAGAGAUGAGAGCGAGACAGUGAGGAGGAGACAUGAUGCAGCAGAAUGAGAACUAAACUAUAACAUCUGUGAGGGAGAACACUUUAAAGUCUAUAUCCAAACAGGAGUGUUCACGGCUGUCGACGAGUCUGUGAUAUAUACACGACCAGGACACAGGGUGUAGAAGCAGAAUAUAUCACCUCCAUCAGGUGCACCGAUUUAAUUCCUGUCAGAGCCUGUUGGUAUUGCAGGAAGGAUGGUGUUCAGUGCAGCCAUCCAUCAACACAACACCAGCUACACAAUGGAAGUACAGUAAAUGGACAACCCUGUUACAGAGAGAACACAGUCUAUAUAACAACUAGAGUUUGAUUUCUGUUCGUUUGAAACCUCCUGUGUGAGAGUUUCAGUAAAAGUCAUUUAUUUUGCUUGUCUUAAACACUCUUUUUUUUUAGAUACUUAAUGUACUCCCUGCUGUUAAUUACGAAUAUUUACUUUAUUCUAAAAGUUACUCAUCAGAAGGCUCAGGCAGAGCGAUUCAUAACAGCUGUUUUAGUCUGUCACGCUCCUCAGGUUUAGCAGCUGCAUGCCUUUUUAUGUUCACACCUUCAUCGUCAGAGCAUCUAGACUCAGAUGUUUCUCCUUUAGUUUAACACACGCAGCAGAUCUGACGAUGAGGAGACAACACUCACUGUGAGCGUUUCACAUCCGAUCCAUCUGUUUGACUGACAUGACCCUCACACAGAGUUCUAUUGCUGCACAUUUUUAGUCAAAGCUGAGCAGCAAAACUGAGUUUCAUAAAAUCAAAACACAAACUACACAACAAAGUCUCUCUGCUGGCGUGACCUGCUGAGGUGCAAGUGUGACUGUUAGCAAAUGACACUCUCAUUUUUACCACAUGCUGUAGUGCAGAACUGUGUAUGCAGAGCUGUUAUAAAAACACCUUACCUGGAUUUAGGUGGAGGAGAAAAACUGUUUGAAAAUGUAAUGCAGUGGAUGCAUCACUUUCAGCACCAUCUGCCGUUUUUUAGCAUGACCAUCAUUGUUUUCAGCAUAAUUGUCAUCAUUUUUAGCAUCAAACUAUGCAUUAUCUUCAGCAUCUCCAGCAUCAUCUCCAACAAAAACUUUAUCUUUUGCACUCUUUAUGGCAUUAACCUCAACAUUAUCUCAAGCAUCAUCUCUAGCAUCACUUUAAGCAUCCUCGUCUUAUUACCUUUCGCAUUAUCAUAAGAAUUAUCUUAAGCAUUAUCUUCAGUAUCAUCUGAAGCAUUGUUUUAUGCAUUAUCUCUAGCAUCAUACAAAGCAUCAUCUUCAAGCAUCCUUCUCUUUUAACAUCAUCUGCAGCAUCAUCCUUUGCAUUAAUUUAAUUGUUUUUACAGCAUUAUCUUAAGCGUCACUAACUAUAGCCUUACCGACAACGUCCUGUUUAGCAUUGGCUUGAGCAUGAUCCAUGGCAUUCUAUCUGGCUAUCCUUUUUUGGUCAUCCUCUCCUUUUUAGCAUCAUCUAAAGCUGUAUCUGCAGCAUCAUCUUUUGCACGAUCUCAAGCAUGACCUUCAGCAUCUGUUUAUUUUUUAUCAUUUACAGCAUUAUCUUAAGCCUCAUUGUCUAUAGCCUUAUCUACAAAAUCCUUUUUAGCAUUGGCCUCAGUAUGAUCCAUAGCAUUAUCUCUAGCAUUACAUGAUUUAUAUCUCUAGCAUCACUUUUAGCAUCAUCCGCUUUCAUCCUCUUUAGCAAUAUCUGAGUCAUCAUUUAUGCACAAUCUUCAGCAACAUAUGUAGCAUCACCUUCAGUGAUAUAAUUUUUUGGUUAUCACCUGCUUUUUAGCAUUAUCUUAAGCUUUUUUGCAGCAUCAUCUUCUACACCAUCUCUAACAUGCCCUUUAACAUCAAUUUUUUUAAUCAUCUAAAGCAUUAUCUUUUGCACCACCUACAGCAUUUUCUUGAACAUCAAUCCUGGAGUCAUCUCUGACUGCAUUUUCUUCAUCGGGCACUUGCUUAUCAUCCUCAUAGGUCUAUUCUUUUUUAUUUCCUUUAGCAUCAUUUUUACUGUCUUAUUUUUAGCAUUAAUUCCAGCAUCAUCUUCUUCAUUGUCUUGGGCAUGUAAGGCAGCAUCCUCAGCAUUUGAAGGAUAGUUUUCAGCAUCUUUGUCAUCUGCAGUGUCACUUGUGACACUAUCGUUAGCAUUUUAACUGUGCAAAGCUAAACAUCAAAUUAUAAUGUUCCAUCACUCUUUUUGGUUUAUAUAUUUUAUUUGCAUUGUAUUUUUGAUCCUCUGUGACCCUUUCUAAUGCUCCUCUGUUGCUGUUAUACGCAUCAGUGUUGGAUAACUUAUGUCGGACUCGUUUUAAACCUCCCCCUACUGACAGCUUUAUUCGACACUGAAAUUUAUGAGGCCAGUAAACCUGGCCUUGAAAUUUGUAUUUGUGAGCUCCUCAUCCCAAUGUUCACCUCAGCCAUUCAGGGUCUGUGCUCUCAGAAAAAGGGCUGAAGUGUGACUGUGUAUGUGUGUGUGUGUUUCAGUUGUGUUUGUGUGCUUCAGAUGAAAUGUGAGACUUCCCCAUGAUCCGCCUGUCUUCGUGGAGUUUCAGCAUUUAGAGCGAUCAGCUUUGUGAAAGUGUGAAUUAUUAAAUUUUAUUGUUCAGUUCAUCUUCAUGCAGACCCACGCUCUCUCUCUCUAUUCUCUCUCUCGCUUUCUCUCAUUCAUCAUUUAUCCUCCACUCUCUCACCUUUUAUUCCUCACUUUUCCUCCAUUCAUCUCUCUCUCUCUCUCUUUCAGUCCCCUCUCUCUCAUCUUUUCUUCUUGGUGAGAGCUGCAGUCUGCAGAUUAUUUCAUGGUCCACAUGUUAAUGACCUCAGGGGAAUGAAUGGAUGUCUGAGAGGCUCCCACCAAAUCUCAUUCACUUUUUUCUUGAAUUAUUCAAACAUCUGAAUUCCGUCAAACAGCCAUUGUAUAUCACAACCUGCAGCUCUGGUAUCAUUAUGGUACAUCAUAUUCACUUAUUUAUAUCAGUCCUCUUUGUGCAGUAUGUAUUACUCCUGCAGCACAGACAAACUUCUGCAAACAAACCCUUUCAGUGUCUCUUCAAUCUGACAGUUUUAUUAAGGGUUUCUGGGUUUACUCAGGUUGUAGAAACUAUCCCAGAUACUCAUCUCAGCAUCUUUUUUGACUUUGAUGUCUUUAUUAACAGGAUUUUAUCUGCUAAACCAUGUGUUUAUAUUGUUUUUUUAGUCACAUUAUUUGUUUGCUGUGUGUUUUUGCCUCUUCAGAUAGUAACUUUGUCCUGGGAAAUGCUCAGGUCCAGUCCCUCUACCCCAUCGUUUAUUGCUCCGAUGGUUUCUGCGAGCUCAGCGGCUUCGCUCGUGGCGAGCUGAUGCAGAAGAGCUGUACGUGUCACUUCCUGUACGGCAGCGAGACCAGCCAUCAAAUCACAGCGCAGAUGCAGACGGCGCUCGACGAACGGCAUGAGUUCAAGACUGAGAUCAUCCUGUACAAGAAGAGCGGUGAGUGAUCAGUCAGGCUGUCAGUGUUUGUGGAUUUAAGGUCAGUUUCUCUGAAAGUUUUGUACCCUGGUGUGGAUUAUAAUCAGCAUUCAUGAUGAGGAUUAUUUUGUGUUCUGGAAUGGGAUUAUAAAAUUACUUUUGGAUUCGAAAUAUAAUCUGUGUUUUUGAUCAAGUUUGAAUUAAUUUUCUAGAUUGAGAUUACAAACCGUCCUAAAUUUGAAUUAUAAUCUGUGAUUUUUAAAAAGGCUAUAAUCUGUAUCGGCAUUAUGAUAUAUGUUCUGGAUUGAGGUCACAACCUAUGCUCUAUAAAAUUUUUUACAGAUUGGGAUUAUAAUCUGUGGUUUUAUAUUGACAUCAUAAUUUAUUUUUUGGAGUCAGAUUAUAAUCUUUGUUAUGGACUGGGGUUAUAAUCUGUGUUGAGGAUUGGGGUUAUAACUCAUUCUAUGUUGUACUUUGCCAAAAUUAUUAGCCCCCCUAUAAAAUUUAGUAUUUUACCAUAAUUUUCAAAGUGCUGUUUAACAGGUUAAUGAUUUUUUUUUACACAGCUUUUCCAAACAUCCUAGUUUUAUUUGGAUCCUUACAUCAUUUUACUUUGCACACAGAAACAAAAUUUUUCACAAAACCCCAAAACAACCAGGGUCAAAAUUAUUAGCCCCCUUAAGAAUUAAUGUUUUUAUUGAGCCAAAACAAAAACCACUGUUGUGCAGUUAUGUGCUUUCACUUUCAGCUUGUCAUCAAUCAAUCAAUUAAGUUAAAACUAAGGGUCGUCCUACACUUUACACACUGUAUAAAAUAAGGCUGCACGAUACUGGAAAGAACUAACAUUGCGAUUUUUUUUCAACCCUGCGAUAUAUAUUGCAAUAUUAAAAAUAACGGAAUUUUCACCAGAUGACCUGCAUAGCAUUUAAUGUUAUGCUGCACCGCUGAAGUCUUGAGGACAGUUAACCUGCUCUGAUCUUACCUCUUUUUGUGAAUGUUAGUAGAAUGGCUUCUGUCUGUCUCAGAGAUAUUUUUAGCUUUUAUUGUUCUGGGACGUUAUUGUGGCGACAGACGAACACAGAACACGUGUUUUGGUCGACAUCAUCCUUCUUUUAACAGAAAUAAUUCCAGAUAACUGACUUUCCUUUUCUUUUUGGCAACAAAUCUUCAUUUUCGGUGGUUUUCUCUUGUUCGUUUUGUGUCGCAGCAACCAAAGCCUUCCAGACACUGUUCAGAGAGGUGUACUGUCUUCCUUCACUGUAAAUUUCCCAUUUAAGAAGGGCUCACAAGUUCUCAACAGGGUUUAGGUCAGGUGAAGAAGGAGGCCACGUCAUUAUUCUUUCGUUUUUAAGGCCUUUACUGGCGAGCCACAUAGUGGAGUACUUCGUUGCAUGCAAUGGAGCAUUGUCCUGCAUAAAAAUCAUGGUUUUCUUGAAAGAUGCAGACUUUUUCCUGUACCACUGCUUGAAGAAAGUGUCUUCUAAAAACUGGCAGUAGGUUUGGGAGUUGAUUUUAAGUCCAUCUUCAACCCGAAAAGGUCCAGCUAGCUCAUCUUUAAUAAUACCAGCCCAUACCAGUACCCCGCCUCCACCUUGCUGGCGUCUGAUUCGAAGUGGAGCUCUGUGCUCAUUACUGAUCCAGCCACGGGUCCAUCCAUCUGGUCCGUCAAGAGUCACUCUCAUCCCAUCAGUCCAUAAAACCUUUGAAAAAUCUCUCUUCAGAUAUUUCUUGUCCCAGUCUUGAUGUUUCAACUUGUAUCUUGUUCAGUGGUGGUCGGAUUUCAGCCUUCCUUACCUUGGCCAUGUCUCUGAGCACUGAACACCUUGUACUUCUGGGUACUCCAGGUAGGUUGCAGUCUUGGAAUAUGACAGUACUGGAGGAUAAGCGGUUCCUGGUAGCUUUACGUUUGAGUCUUCUCAAAUCUUUGGCAGUUAAUUUGCAUCUUUUUUUCUUAACACGUUCUUGCGACCCUGUUGACUAUUACAACCAAAAAACAAGAAGGAAAAGAAAGGAAAAAGUUACAAAAACUAACAUUCCCUCAAAAGUCAACAAGCCAAAGAGAGAGAGAGAGAGAGAGAGAGAAAGAGAGAGUGUGUGUUUAUAUGUGGUGUAUCUUUAAAUAUGUGUGGAUAUAAAACAGUGGAAGUCUUUCUGUGAUCAUGAGGUUUAUAUGAGGUGAAUAAAUGUUGGUGCAGUUGAUCUUCAGGACGGCUGUAGCUUUAAUAACCUCUGCUUGUUGGAGUUUGAGAGUCUAAAGUUCACAUCGCUGCUCCUCUUCCUGGAUUGUAGAAAAACUGGAUUUCCCCUCCCUCGUCUCUCACACAGCACGCUCCACUCUGCACACUCACUUCCUUGUUCCCUCCCCUUUAGAUCUACAGUCUGAGUUUGGGUGUAACCAGCGUGUGUUGAGCUGAUCCUGCUGACUCACACAUGUUGUUGAGAUCAGAGCUCAGACUACUUUGACUUCUAAGGAAAUGAAACUCAGUCAGUCAGUCGUUGUUGACAGUGAGUGUUGAAAUGGCGCAGAAAGGAGUUGGUCUGGACCGUGAAUCUUUCUCUUGUUCCAUCUGUUUGGAUCUACUGAAGGAUCCGGUGACUGUUAACUGUGGACACAGCUUCUGCAUGAGCUGUAUUCAAACCUACUGGGAUAAAGAGGAUGAGAAGAAGAUCUACAGCUGUCCUCAGUGCAGACAGACCUUCACACCGAGGCCUGUCCUGAUGAAAAGCAACCUGUUAGCAGGUUUAGUGGAGGAACUGAAGAAGAGCGGACUCCAAGCUGCUCCUGAUGAUCCCUCUGAUGCUGGACCUGAAGAUGUGGCCUGUGAUUUCUGCAGUGAGAGAAAACUGAAAGCUGUCAAGUCCUGUCUGCAAUGUCUGGUUUCUUACUGCCAGAUUCACCUCCAGCCUCAUUUUGAAUCACCAACAUUUAAGAAACACAAGCUGGUGGAGCCCUCCAAGAAGCUCCAGGAGAACAUCUGCUCUCAUCAUGAUGAGGUGAUGAAGAUGUUUUGCCGCACUGACCAACAGUCUAUCUGUUAUCUCUGCUCUGUGGAACAACACAAAGGCCACGACACAGUCUCAGCUGCAGCAGAAAGAGCUGAGAGGCAGAAAGAUCUGGAGGAGAGUCGAGAAAACAUCCAGCAGAGAAUCCAGGACAGAGAGGAAGAUGUGAAGCUGCUCCAACAGGAGGUGGAGGCUAUCAACGGCUCUGCUGAUAAAGCUGCGGAGCACAGCCAGGAGAUCUUCAGCCAGCUGAUCUGUCUCAUGGAGAAAUGUCGCUCUGACAUGGAGCAGCAGGUCAGAUCCCAGCAGGAACGUGAAGUGAGUCGAGUCAAAGAGCUUCAGGAGAAAUUGGAGCAGGAGAUCACUGAGCUGAAGAGGAAAGACGCUGAUCUGCAGAAGCUCUCACUCACAGAGGACCACAACCAGUUUCUGCACAGCUACCCCUCACUGUCAGGACCGGGUCAACCUGCAGACUCAUCCAGGAUCAACAUCCGUCCUCUGAGAUACUUUGAGGAGGUGACAGCAGCUGUGUCAGAGCUCAGAGAUAAACUCCAGGAUCUUCUGACAGAGACGUGGUCAAACGUCUCACAGGCAGUGACUGAAGUGGAUGUUUUACUGUCAGAACCACCAGAACCAGGAGAACCCAAGACCAGAGCUGGUUUCUUAAGAUAUUCACAAAGAAUCACACUGGAUCCAAACACAGCAUACAGACAUCUGUUAUUAUCUGAUGGAAACAGAAGAGCAACAUGGACAAGACAACAACAGUCUUAUCCUGAUCACCCAGAAAGAUUCACUGUUAAUUGUCAGGUCCUGAGUAGAGAGAGUCUGACUGGACGUUGUUACUGGGAGGUGGAGCGUAGAGGGAACAUGUUUUUGUAGCAGUCGCAUACAAGACUAUCAGCAGAGCAGGAAAAUCAGAUGAUUGUACAUUUGGAAACAAUGACAAAUCUUGGAGGUUAGGCUGUUAUAAAGACAAGUAUGAAUUUGUGCACAACAAUGUCUUCACUCCUGUCUCAGGUCCUCAGUCCUCCAGAGUAGGAGUGUACCUGGAUCACAGAGCAGGUAUUCUGUCCUUCUACAGCGUCUCUGAAACCAUGACUCUCCUCCACAGAGUCCAGACCACAUUCACUCAGCCACUACAUGCUGGACUGUGGUUAUUAUGUGGAGACUCUGCUGAGUUUAUUGAAGUGAAAUAAAGAGAAUUUUGAGUCAAUCAGACCAAAAACAUGUAAAUGAGAUCAUUGAACUCUUGAAAUGUUCUGGUUUGUAAAUGUUUGUGGAUCAGUCUCACCAAAAACUGUCGGUUUAUUUCUUCAUUUCAGCUUUUUCAUUCUUUUCCAAAGAGGCUGAUUUGGUCGCAGCUUUAAGGACAGUGAUUGUGGAUAACUUUCAUUGUUUGUAUUUCUCAUCUUGAAAAAUCUUCACUAAAGUUUGAUAACAAGAACAUCAAGAUGAUCAUUUGUUCAGAUCACCUUCAGUUGUUGAAGAUGUUGAAGGUCUAAGACUUUAGAAGCACAAUCUCAUUUCCUGUCCCAAAUCCAACAGUCUAAAGUCUUUCCAGUCGGCCCCCAAAACACUUCAAAUGAUCUGUGCUUUCUCUCUUUGCUGAAUAUUUGUAUGAAUGUCAUUGAUGGAUAUUUCUGUCUUCUUCUGUUGGAUCAGUCUGUUUGUAAAGACAUCUAUAAUGAGACUUUUGGUAGAUCAACAUGUUGUUAUGAGCUUUUCAAUUAUGGGUUUUUGAUUGUGUGGGUGAAAAAAAUAAAAAUCAUCAAACUGAGUCACUGAAAGCACCUCGAAUGUUUUUCUUUAUGGUUUAGUCCACCUGACAGCGACUGACGACAAGUGUAACGUCAGUGAGUGAGACCAGACUGAAUGACCUGGGGGUUAGACAUCUUGCUGCCCAAAAAACAAAAAUCAGGGUUUCAAAAAAAUAAAGCGAGGAAAGAAAAAGAAAGAAGGCAGCUUCACCUCUACACUGUGUGCACAAUUAUUACGCAAGUUGUAUUUUUGAGGAUAAAUUUUACUUUUGAACAACUGCAGUGCUCUCAGUCAAUCCAAAAUGUUAAUAAAACCUCAAACCUGAAUAUUUAAGGGAGUAAAAGUGAGAUUUUGGCUUCCUGAGGAGAAUAUCUAUGUGUGCACAAUUACUGGGCAACUAUUAGUUUGCAGAAUUAUUAUGCAACUAAAUUAAAAAUGAAAAAUUUUCCAUCUCACUCAUUUAUUUUCACUUGUUAAAGUGAGAAUGAUAAACAAACAACUCAAUUUACAUAUAAAAAUUGUUGAAAUUAAAAAAAAAAAAAUCAGUGACCAAUGUAACUACCCUUCUUUUCAAUAACAGUCAUAAGCUUUUCAUUCAUGGAGUCUUUCAGUUUCUUGAUCUGUUGAUGAUGAGUAACCAAAGCCUUCCAGACACUGUUCCAGACACUGUUCAGAGAGGUGUACUGUCUUCCUUCACUGUAAGUUUCCCGUUUAAGAAGGGCUCACAAGUUCUCAACAGGGUUUAGGUCAGGUGAAGAAGGAGGCCAUGUCAUUAUUCUUUCGUUUUUAAGGCCUUUACUGGCGAGCCACAUAGUGGAGUACUUUGUUGCAUGCAAUGGAGCAUUGUCCUGCAUAAAAUCAUGGUUUUCUUGAAAGAUGCAGACUUUUGCCUGUACCACUGCUUGAAGAAAGUGUCUUCUAAAAACUGGCACUAGGUUUGGGAGUUGAUUUUAAGUCCAUCUUCAACUCGGGUGUUGAUCUCCUUAGGCCCCAGCCUCCCUCAUUACUAGGGUUGGGAAUCGAGAAUCGAGAAUCGAUGGGAAUCGGGACAAAAACUUCGAUUCUUCCGGUAUCGUUCAAAUAUUAAAAUUUCGAUUCCAAGUUUCGAUGCCAGAGUCCGCCGACCGGAAGAAAUAGCCGCUGAAAAUCAACGAAGAAGAAGCCUCUUAACACCAAUGAGGACGGAGCGUAUGAGACGAAGCCACACAGAGAGAGGAGAGAGACAGAGAGAGAAAGUACAUUGCAACCCACAGCAAUGCAGCCGCUGUGGGUUACAAUCUCUCUCUGUCUCUCUCCUCUCUCUGUGUGGCUUCGUCUCGUACGCUCCGUCCUCGUUGGUGUUCGGCAGCUUCUUCUUCGUUGGUCAAAAGUUUGGCUAACUUUAGCAGGAAGAAUGAACUCUUAUCUCAAUGCAACAUUAGCAAUACAGUUAUAUCAUGCAAAGGAGGGUAAACGACCAACAUGAUUAAACACCUCAGGAUUCAUGGAGGAGAAAUACCCGAGUGCUCGUCUUUGACGAGCUUCGCCGGUGUUGUGUCGUAGAAUGCACCCCUGACGGGAGCGCGGUUGAAAGUACACAACAAGGCGAAACAAUCCAAGUUUUUCUUACCGUUGGACGGAAUCUAAAGCGUGUGCCUUUAAUGAUUUCAUUCAGGCUAUUCAGAUAUGCCGAAAACAAUAGCCCUCUGAUUCGGAAUAUUUACUGUCCUGAAAAUAUUAUGUUCUCUACAGUAACAGCUUACUCUACAGUUUAUAUACCCAAGUACACUUUUAUAUGUGCAUUUUUGAGACACAUACAAACAAAACGAAAGUUUACUGCUCCAUUUGACACGUUUUCAUGAUCUAAUACCCGUGUUUUAUUAAAUAUGAGAUCAUAUUUCUUCCACUAAGAAGCUAAUCAGUGGAGGGGAGGCAUUCUACGGCAGGGGUGCAUUCUACAGCACAACACCUGUCUUCCGCUAACCAGUCAGGAUCAGAUAAGUGAAACAAUAAAUUACUUCUGUCCUCUGCUAACUUUGAAACGGUAAAGAAAUUGAACUGUGUACGGUGAGUAAACUUAAAUAUCCACCUAACGUUAGCCCUUGUACUUUUUCAUAGACAAACGACCUGAAAACAAAAAUUGAUAUUUAUAUACUGGUUGAAAAUAGCUCUGUGAGAAAUUCAUAGUAAAGUUCUUAAAAAGUUAAUAUGAUUUAAAAAUUCAUGGAGAAGUUCAGAAAUUUCAUCCAAAAAGAAGAGCCCCGGUUAGCACCCUCAUUCAAACCAUGCUUUUUUUUUCUUUUUUCUUUUUGAUAUCCUGCCUUUUAAAAGAAUCGAAUUAGAGAAUCGAUAGGAAUCGGAAUCGAAAUGAGGAAUCGAAAUUGGAAUCGGAAUCGUUCAAAAUCAAACGAUACCCAACCCUACUCAUUACACUAAUACACAUUACCUGAUCUGCUUAUAUCCAAUAAGCAUUCAAGUUUAUACAGCUUGGAGUUGGAAAAUAUGCAUAAAAAUGAUGAUAUGAUCAAAAUACUCACUUGCCUAAUAAUUGUGCACAUGGUGUAGAACAACCACCAAAACAGAAGUUGCUGACUUAGACAAGUCAGGAAUUAUGGUGUCAAACAAGACAGUCUCUAGAAUCCUGAACAGAAAUGGACUAUGAGGAUGCAGGCCAAGAAAAACUCCACUUCUACAAAAGAGACACCUUCAUGCCAGACUAUUGUCUGCUAAGGACAAUGUGGAGAAAGAUUGUUCAAACUGGAGACGUGUUCUUUGGUCAGAUGAGACCAAACUAGAGCUCUUUAGUCACAGAGACAUUGCUUAUGUUUGGAAAAAGAAGGGAGAAGCUUAUAACCCCAAGAACACUGUCCCCACAGUUAAACACGGUGGUCGGAGCAUCAUGCUGUGGGGAUGUUUCAGUGCAUCUGGAACUGGGAAUCUUGUCAAGGUUGAAGGAAUAAUGAAGAAAAAAGGAUAUGUGAAGAUUUUGAAAGAAAACCUCAAGCAGUUGGCAGCAAAACUGGGUCUGGGUCGUCGCUUUGUCUUCCAACAUGACAAUGACCCAAAAUAUACAGCUCGUCUGGUGAGGAGCUGCCUCCAGGAAACCAAAGUGAACGUUAUUGACUGGCCUGCACAAAGCCCUGACUUAAAUCCUAUCGUAAAUCUGUGGGCUGCACUGAAGACCAGGGUCCAUGCUAGAAGACCAUCAGAUCUGGAGGAACUUGAAAGAUUUGCCAAAGACGACUGGGCUGGGAUUCCUCAGGAGAUGUGCCAGAGCCUUUUUACAAACUACAGCAAACGACUGCAUGCUGUUAUCCAACAAAAAAGACACACAACUGACUAUCAGCCUCAGGGGGGGUAAUAAUUUUGACCCUGGUAGUUUUUGGUUUUUGUGGAAUGAUUUUGUUUCUGUGUUCAAAGCACAAUAAUGUAAGGAUCCAAAUAAAACUAGGAUGUUUGGAAAAGCUGUAUAAAAAAAUCUGUUGAACAGCACUUUGAAAAUUAUGGAAAAAAAACUUCAAAUUUCAUAGGGGCGCUAAUAAUUUUUGCCACAACUGUAUUUUGAGAUUGGGAUUGUGAUCUGUGUUGUUUAAUUGAAAUUAAAAUCUGUUUUUGUUCGAGUGCAUAAUCUGUGUUCUGGAUUAAAAUCAAAUUCUGUGUUCUGAAAUGGGAUCAUAAUAGCCACUUUUACUUAAAACUAUAACUUGGCUCUGAAUGUGGAUUAUCAGGUGUGUUCUGGAACUAGAUUGUGAUCUGCUUUGCAAAUUCAGAUUACAUUUGGUGUACUGGAUUAGGAUUAUCUUCUUUGUUCUGGAUGAGGGUCAUAGUCUAUGCCUUUGAAUUGGAUCUAAAUAUUUGCAUGGAUUGGAAACAACCUUUAAUCUGAAUUGUGAUGAUGAUCUGUGUUCUUAAACUAAAACUAUGAUUUGUUCUGGAUUAUUAUUGUAGACUUUGUUCUGAAUUUGGAUCACAGUCUGUGUAAAUUGGGCUUUAUAUUUGUCUUGGAUUGGGCCAAUCUGUGUUCUGUAUUAGGAUAUACUAUGUGGGAUUUUAAUCUGUGUUUCCUGUGUCCAGGUUCCAGGUUCUGGUGUUUGCUGGAUAUUGUUCCUAUCAAGAACGAGAAGAGCGAAGUGGUUCUGUUCCUGGUUUCACACAAAGACAUCACAGCGAACAAAGACCUGGACCACAACGAUGAGUCUGGAGCUGGUGAGAAUGAGGAUAAUUCAUAAUCUCUGAUUUACAUAAAAUAAUACUAAAGAGUCUCUGCGGUCGGGGUGUAAAUCUGUCUGCAGACAGUUGGGUGGAUAUAAAGGAGGAGAAUUCAGAUUUGAUUCUUUUCCUCUCUCUCUUCGUGUCUCUGGUAUCACUUUUCUGUUUCAGAUGAGGAAACAGGUCUGCAGGUCCGCCCAGUCAGUCGUCCUCCGGGCUUUAACAGAGAGCGCCGUCGCAGUCGGGCCGUCCUUUACCAGCUGUCGGGACAUCUGCAGAGGCAAGACAAGAGCAAGAGCAAGCUGAAGAUUAACAAUGUGAGAGCAAUUCUUGUUCUAAACAGAAUCACUGAGAUGUAAAUAUUUGAGCAAAAAUAUGCCCCAUCCACAAGAAAAUUAGUUUCUUUUUCAGGUUUGUACUUCGGAAAUAAGACAGAGUGAAGCUUCUGUUUAAGUAACUGUUGAUAAUGAAACUCAGGCUCACCACAAACUAAUGUACAGGAUUAUGAGAAAACAAAUGAAAUAAGGACCCUUUCUUAUCUACCAUAAAUCCAAGAGCCACCACAAAUCUGUUUGACUUAUCCUAACCAUUUGGGUCAUUCCAUGAAAUCGGUGCCUUUUCAGCUUAAAAAAAAAUAAAAUUUAAAUUAUAUUUAAUUGUUAAUUUUUAAGUACCCAGGAAUCAAAAAAGUUUAAAAUGGCAGGAAAUGAUAUAGUGCCAUCUCAGGCUGUGUUAUUUCAUAUUUUAUAACCGUUUUUCUCCUGGCUGUUUUCAUAAUCUUGUCAACCCUGUUACCAACAUAAACUUAACAAAAUACAAUAUUUGUAAUUAGAAAUAUGCAAUAUAUGGUACAUAUAUUAACAGUACUUUAGUCUCUCUUUCCAUUGAGAUUAUUUUAUUUUGUGGAUUUUUUUCUCCAAUCAGAUAUUUGUCAUUCAGAUGAUGAAAUAUACCCUAAUUCUGCAUGGCGAUCACAUGUCUCAACAUAUAUCAGAUAUUUUUUAGAAGAGAAAUGUUGAACAAUGGCCCAAUCUAAAAUUUGAUGUAAUAUAAACUAUAAUGGUAAGUGUUGAAAGCCUAUUUGAGUUGUCAUUUUUUACAUUUUUAUCAAAUUAAUGACAACAACAGGAUUGACGUCAUGGUAACAGGGCUGACAAGAGUAAAAGUAACUGGACACUCAGUAACUGGCUCUCCAUUGGCGCAUCAAUCAAUCGAUCAAAAAAUAAUUAUUAGCUCAAUAAUGUUCACUUGAUGACCUAAAAAUGUCUUAAUUUGAAAAGUUAACCUUUAAAGAGAGUACAACGAGGGUAAACACUAUUCUAUGUCAUCCCUGUGACUCACAUGUCAAAUCCUGUUACUGUGGAAAGGUAACAGUGUUGACAGUAGCAGGGUUGACCAUUUUAAGCUAAGCUACCUGUGGAUAGCUUAAAUAAGUGCUAGCUAAAGUGCAAGCUAGGUACUUUGAAAGGUAAUUACUUGUAGAUAUUAAUUAUAUUUUGAGAAAUAGAAAAUUGUUUUGGUUUAUACGUUAAAAAGUGGUAACAGGGUUGACGUUGUAUGCUUGUCUCCCCGGGUUAAACUUUGAAAAAACAUCAAAAAUAGCACAUCAGAGAUGAGAGAAACUUUAUUGUCACUGAGCUGUUAGCAUCCUGGCUCAGAGAGGAUGUAACCUCCUGUCAAUCAUGCCAAAUCUGGAAUGUACCAUUAAUAUUUUAAGGGUUUUUUAGUUAGGGUAACAGGGUUGACAUGAAAUCAGGGGAUGCCGAUAAAUUGGUAAAUAUUGGUCCUAUAUACGUACAGCAAUAGUAGUGAGGAACAGGCCAAAAACCUCACCCUCAUCAGCAUAAAAGUAAUUUAUAUUAUUUUAAAUGUUAUUUAAUUGACUUUAAUUUGAUGUUGUAUUAAGGAGAGCAGACAUGGUCGUGUUAUAUUUUUAAAUUACAUAUUAAUUUGUUGUUAUAAUUUUAUGAAUGAUUAGUUCUUGGGGACACAAAAGGCACCAAUUUCAUGGAAUGACCCUUUUACAGUGAAAUGCAAAACAACCUGAAUGAACAGGGAGCCUCUAUUUAAGUAACUGAUGUUGUUGUUGGGAUGUGAUGAGCCAAGAAAUGACUUUUUGUUUUGCAGACAUAUUUAGAGGUCGAGUGUCUCUUCUUUUAUGAUCUCUCUCAGAGAAUAGCAGCAAGGCUCAGCAUAUCUGAUCAGUUCAAGUAUUAUUUAUCACAGAGUGUUCUUGGAGCCAAUGCAACCCCAAUCCCAGAGUACAAGGUGGCCGACAUCCAGAAGUCCCGCUUCAUCUUGCUUCACUACGGCGCGUUCAAGGCUGGCUGGGACUGGCUGAUUCUGCUGGCAACUUUCUACGUGGCAGUGACAGUGCCGUAUAACGUCUGCUUUGCAACGGUGGAGGUCAGAGAAGAUGGAGGGUCUGCGGCUAGAAACCCUCCCAGUGUGAGUGAUAUCCUGGUGGAGAUCCUCUUCAUCAUGGGUGAGGAUGAACCCACAGAGUUUAUCACUUUGAUUUAUGUGUGUUUACCUUCAAUCACAGCUUCAGAUUUCAGACGAGGUCCUCCUAACUUAAAAGUAAAUCCUUAAAAGAGAGCGCAGUGAUUUUCUCUGGAGGGUCAGUAGUUUCUGGAGCUGCUGAGAGUUAAUAAACAAAUGCUCCUGAGAGAGGAGUAGUUACUUCAUGAUCUUUAUCUGCACAUUUGUUGCUGGGGUUUGAGUUUUCUGCAGUAGCAUUGAUGUUUUUCUAAUAGUUUCCAGCUCAGAGGAGCUCACAGCUACUGCCCAGGUAACAGGUUAUAGAAAAAAACAGGUAUGAGGAUCUCUUGGAAAAAAAAACAGGAACAAUCAUCAAUCUUUAAAACACUAACACCCAAUACAAAAAAGUGGGAAUCAGUGGAGAAAUGGGUUUAUUGUGAAUGUAGAUUAUUUUAUUUUUUGUUCUCAUUAUGAAUAUUUUAUUCUUAUUUGAAUAUGUGCCACUUAGAACCAGUUAAGUCGAGAAAUUUUUUUUCAUGCAAGAAGUAAUGAUGGUUCUGUUGGGAAAGCAACUGCAAAUGUGGAGAAACCUAUAGCAGGCAGAUCACAUCUCCACUUUGUUUCAUGUGCACAGAUGAAAAAUCAAGGCAGGGAGAGCAGCAGCAAAGAUCCUGAGGGGGAAUCAGCAGUAUGGCUCUAUUCUGAGAGCUUCCUGCCCUUCCACUUGUAAAUGUGGAGUGCUAAAGCCUGAGGCAGGAAAAGCACACCUGCCAUCUUGUUUCAUGUGCUUUCAUGAAAAAUCAAGACAGGGAGAGCAGCAGCAAAGAUCCUGAGGGGUACAGAACAGAGCAGCAUCAGUGCCAAACCAUAAGACUCUAACAUCAGUCACAACAAGCACAUAAAAAAAGGUGGGGAGAGCAGCAGCAAGGCCAUUUGCAGAAGAAGUGGGUCGGCAGGAUAAAGCAGCUUAAAUAUGUACUAUUUAUUUUUUGUGCCUCAGACAUCCUAUCAAAUUUGGUUCCUUUAGUGAACAGACGUGUCUGCUGUGUUUGUGUUUAUGUUUCAGACAUCGUGUUGAACUUUCGUACGACCUUUGUGAGCUCAUCAGGUCAGGUGGUAUACGACUCUCGCUCCAUCUGCGUUCAUUACGUCACUUCCUGGCUGUUUGUGGACCUGAUGGCUGCUCUGCCCUUUGACCUCUUGUACGCCUUCAACAUCAGCGUGGUGAGCGAACACAUAUAUACACACACGUCUGUGAAAAGUUAAAUCUUCCCUGUUUUCCUAAAAUCCUCCAUUCUGCUCGCUUUAUUUUCUGUUGUAGCUCCAUCAUUGAAGUAAGCAACAGUUAGCGGAUAAUUCAUCUGGUUAAUCUGAUAAAUGAGCUCACUGAUGAUGGAUUAAAAGUGAAGGCAGGUAAAUCAGUGGAAAGUGUGAGGGCCUGAAGGAUCAAGAUGAUGGAGGGAUAAAGUUCCUCUUACUUUUUUGGAGGGCGCUUUUCGUUGUUUGUGUAGAAAUGAAAGUAAAAACAUGAGAAAUGACACGGGAUGCUAAAGUAGAUCCUCAGUGAGAGAUUAAAGCUGCUUACUCUAAACUCUCAACACAAAACUUGAGAUUUAAACUCUUUAAACUCUCACACACACACAGCAGACAGAAGAAAAGCAGACAUGAACAUACUUCUGCACAAGGUCAAACAGUGCUGCAGAAAUGAGUGAUUUUUGAGACAAUCGUGAGAUAGUAAGGUUUAUAACAACGGGUUAUACUUAGGGCGCGUUCACACCACCUUCGUUUAGUCUGGUUGAACCGAACACUGGAGUAUUUACCCCCUUAGUGCGGUUCGUUUGGGUCGGUGUGAACGCUAACCUCGAACUCUGGUGCGGACCAAAUAAACGAACUCUGGUCCGCCUGAAGAGGUGGUCUCGGACCGCUAUCAAGUGAACUCUGGAACGGUCCAUUUCUGGUGUGAGCGUCAUCCACACCAAUCACAGGAAACGCACCACACACGUCAUUUCCUACAUCUAGGCUAUUUGUAAUGCUGGUUGUGAAAUAAAUGUUGUCCUCUUACUUCACUUGUCCUGAUUGACAAGAAAACGCAUCGGGCUAGGCCAGGGCCGGGUCUAGAAAAUGAUGACUAGGGGUGCAUCUCAGAUCAGAGGGGGUGCACAUGCCUGGCACGUUAUUCAACACUAAAUUAUGCAUUUUCCCGUCAUUUCAAGCGGAAUGAAACUAGUCAAACAAGAAUAUUUAAAAUGUCUUUCAUAUGCUUUAUUGUAGCAAAAUUGUUGUAGAAAAAGGAAAUGCAGAUGUUUCUUACUCUGAAUUUUUAACAUAGAAAUUCAAACUAUUUUUAACUAUACAGCUCAAAACCAUCACUAAACAUGACAGUCAUUCAUUUCAAGUGGAAUUCUACCAGUCAAAAAAGAAUAUUUUAAAGGGGACCUGCCACCAAAAUUUCAUACCCAUUUUUAUCAUUUUUUCAUAAUCCUUGAUGUCCUCUGAUCAUGUUUGCAACAUAAUUUUAGCUGAAAAGUUAUUUGACUUCCAGGGAUCUUUUUAGAGACUGCCAAUAGAUGUUUUUCUUUGCUCCUACAUAAUUCAAAUACUUUGAACCGGAUCUACUCUUUGAGUAACAAGUCAUGUUAUUUGGUGCUAUAUUGAUGAAUAUUUGCCUAAUAAGCCACUGGUUAUUGUUUUGUGUCUGCAGACUGUCAGGGUGUCUGAUCACAGAUGAAGGCUGUGUUUCUUUGGCCUCAGCUCUGAGUUCAAAUCCCUCACACCUGAGAGAGCUGGACCUGAGCUACAACCAUCCAGGGGAAUCGGGUGUGAAACAGCUUUCUGCUGGAUUGGAGGAUUCUGAAAUGAGUCUGGACACUUAAAUGUAUGCAAACAUAUUGUUGAGGAUCUUCAGCCAGAUUUAUGAAAUGUAAAAGAGAACUUGGCAGUCUGACUUUUUCAGACCUUUUCAAGUUAAUCUCUCUCUUUCUCUGUCUUUCAGAUUGAGCCCGAGUGGGACACAGUGGUUGAGACCAGGUUUGAGGAAGUGUAAGUAUGCCUAAGCUGGAUUUCCUGAAAAAAAAGAACCAACACUGUCUCAUAAUUGAGAAAUCACUGUGAAAAAACAGGGGGAAUAUUCUGAAAAGUGAGAGAGAAGAGUUAUGUUUUAAGCGAAAUGAUUGACCUAAAAAAACUCAGUCAAUGACACAAAGUUCUCCUUUUUUUUAUUUUAGAUUUCUGUGA